GAAUGUGGCGUUUUGGUAAACAGCAGAUUGAAAAGUCCGGGAUAUCCAUUUAGCUAUCCAGCAAAUAUGGAUUGUGAAUACUCUAUUCCUAUUCCACCCGGAGGGCCGAUGAGAAUACACUUCGUUGACUUUGAUGUGGAGUAUCACUCAUCAUGCAGGUAAGAUAGUCCUCUCUGCCACGAGUUCAACAUUUUUCAUCGUAGGCAGCCGGUCCAAGAGUUCUCUGUCUGCUAUUAUGUUUUGCAUGCUAGUCUUACAAAAUGAGCUUCAUAAAAAAUUCAAACAAAGGCAGAUGAUGUAGCUGAAGCAAACUUUACAGCACUCGUCCAAAAAAUACAAGGAAAACUUCCUUCAAACCUUCGUAUCAUUAGACAAGAAAAUCGUCCGUAGUCUCUGUUACUUUUCUCUAGAUUAGAAACAAGAAGCUUCAUCCUCAGCUGUGCCGCGUGGUUUCAAAUUAGCUUAAGUACUUUUAACGUCGUUUCAGCUAUCAGUUGAUCUUUAAAAUUGCACUUUUAUUCUUUCAGUCUAUCUUUGUUGAAGAUUAAUUAUAGUCGAGUUAACUCAAUCAAGAUACUGUCUUUCUGUGAAUAAAAUCUUCGAUUAAUAUUUUCUUCAUUGUAGCUAUGACUUUGUGAAGAUUGCUAAUGAUCAGAACUAUACCUUUGGUAAAUACUGUGGUCGGAGGACUGGAGAGAGAGUUGCAGUUUAUGGAAACUUCGCCAAUAUAACAUUCCAUUCAGACCCCUAUGUCGAAAAAAGAGGAUUCUUCUUCCACUUCAAAACGGUUUCCCCUGGUUUGUAUAGUUAUUAGGAUGGAAAUAUCUCAAAAUGUUUAAUGAAGUGGUGUCAGUGUGAUGUUAUCUAAAAAGAGAGAAACAAAAUAACUAUGUAACUGACAUGGAGUUUUUGUCAGUGGCAUUAAUGAACCUCUCACGGAUGAUGGCAACUGUAUCCUAUGGGUAUUCACAUGAUUUCGAGAGCAAUUUAGAAAAAAAUCAGCAUGAGUAAGUUUUUAAAAGCUAACAAAAUUGCAUAAGCCCUUCGGGAGAGUUCAAUUCGUGGUCUAUGAAAACGUUACGAGUGCUGAUUUAUCCCAAUUUGCACGAGAUAAAAUCGUGUGAUUACUUGUUAAUAAUAAUAAUAUAUGCAAAAAGUUGACGCAGUUUUCAUUGGUGCGUCCAUUUACCUUUGUGCUGUUUCCAGUGUCGUGGGGGUCCUUCCGCAAGAGUCAGCUUCAAGCUUUUAAACUUUCUGUCAGGAAUAACUGAGUAUUUGCGAUCUUUCUCAGUUAGAAUUCGCCUUAAAAGAAGGCUAUCACUCUCGUAAUUUUAUCCCUCUGGCUUUCGUACUAACUUUAGUGUAAACCCCGAUAUAACUUUGUUCAGGGCCUCCAGUUCUCAUCUUUUAAAGAUUUUUUGGCUUUUAUGGGAGCCGAAGACUUACCGACAUUUAACCAGUUGUUUGCACUUUGCUGGAAGUUUUCGAUUUUAAUCAAGACGUCAGAUAUUGAGAAAUGUAAAAUUGGCGAUAAAAAGAGCUAAGAGAUGGCUCCUUCAAUAGCGUCAAUACCAAAGUGAUUGUUCUUCGUGUCACGCUGAACUUUGAUGUUCCUGGAGCCUCUUCAACAGACAAGAGCAGAUCGCAAAAGCGUAAAAGAAACUUGAGCUCUUAUCCAGGAGAUGGCUGUGGAAUAUUGCUCUUCUUUCUUCGAGGCAAUGAGCUCUACCAAUCUACAAUGAAACCUAAGGCAUUAUUUCCCCACCCCACCCGUUGUCGUAAAAACCAGUGGGAUGAAUGUACCCUGUUCCACAUCAUGUAUUCUUCUAGAAUACUGGCGCUUUUUCUCGUUCUCGUGUAUCCGAUAGACCAAUUGGGGUUCAUGUUCCGGUACCAGUCGGUAUUAGGGUGACAAACCUUCACAUCAAAUAAUAAUAACAAUUAAAAUACUAUUUCUAAUAAUAGUAGUAGUUUUAUUACAAUUUUUACAUUUCUAAAUAUUAGCCUUUAAUUCUUUAUUGUUAUAUUUAAGCCUAGAUAAAUCUUACCUUUUUCAGUCAAAGUCCUCAGACUUUUAAAUAUAUUUAACGUUUUUUUCCUAAGCAAACAUAUUAGUAACGUAUUUAUAUUUAAAAUUUUAUUGUUAUCGACACAUGUAAAAAAAUAAAGAAUUAUAAAUUCCAUUGUAAAUAGAUUUUAGCACUUGAAAUAAAAAUAUUUCUUUGCAUUAUUUAAAAAAAAAACAUAGAAAAUCAUAAUGAUAGCGAAGCUCGCAGAGCGUAGUCCCAUAAUUAUACAAAAUAGUAGUAACCCAUCAAACCGAAAAAAUUUGGAUGUACGACCGCACGACCGCACAAGGUGCUACUUUUAACAUGCAUGGUCAACUGUACCGCGGGCACGCCAACGCCACGGCUUUGUUCAGUAGUCCAGUGGUCAGUGCACUAGGCUCCUAGUCGGACGACCCGGGUUCUAGUUCUGGCCGGGGCAAGGCGUUGUGCCCUUAAGACGUGCGGGAAAAAAAAAUGCGAGCUCCACUUUUAGGCUUGGCUUAAUCUAUAUAUUACUAUUAUUUCUUCAGAAUGUGGCGUUUUGGUAAACAGCACAUUGAAAAGUCCGGGAUAUCCAGUUGGCUAUCCAGCAAAUAUGGAUUGUGGAUACUCUGUUCCUAUUCCACCCGGAGGGCCGAUGAGAAUACACUUCGUUGACUUUGAUUUGGAGCUUCAAUCAUCAUGCAGGCAAGAUAGUCCUCUCUGCCACGAGUUAAACAUUUUUCUUUGUAGGCAGCCGGUCCAAGAGUUCUGUGUCUGCUAUUAGUCUUGCAUGCCUAGCAAAAUGAGCUUCAUAAAAAAUUCAAACAAAGGCAGAUGAUGUAGCUGAAGCAAACUUUACAGCACUCGUCCAAAAAAUACACGGAAAACUUCCUUCAAACCUUCGUAUCAUUAGACAAGAAAAUCGUCCGUAGUCUCUGUUACUUUUCUCUAGAUUAGAAACAAGAAGCUUCAUCCUUAGCUGUGCCGCGUGGUUUCAAAUUAGCUUAAGGACUUUUAACGUCGUUUCAGCUAUCAGUGGAUCUUUAAAUUGCACUCUAUCCUUUCAGUCUAUCUUUGUUGAAGAGUAAUUAUAGUCGAGUAAACUCAAUCAAGGAUAAUGUGUUUCUGUGAAGAAAAUCUUCGAUUAAUAUUUUCUUCAUUGUAGUUAUGACUUUGUGAAGAUUGCUAAUGAUCAGAACUAUAACUUUGGUAAAUACUGUGGUCGGAGGACUGGAGAGAGAGUUACAGUUUAUGGAAACUUCGCCUUUAUAACAUUCCAUUCAGACCCCUCUGUCGAAAAAAGAGGAUUCGUCUUCCACUUCAAAACACCUGGUUUGUAUAGUUAUUAGGAUGGAAAUAUCUCAAAAUGUUUAAUGAAGUGGUGUCAGUGUGAUGUUAUCUAAAAAGAGAGAAACAAAAUAACUAUGUAACUGACAUGGAUUUUUUUUUUUUCAGUGGCAUUAAUGAACCUCUCACGGAUGAUGGCAACUAUAUCCUAUGGGUAUUCACAUGAUUUCGAGAGCAAUUUAGAAAUAAAUCAGCAUGAGUAAGUUUUUUAAAAGCUAACAAAAUUGCAUAAGCCCUUCGGGAGAGUUCAAUUCGUGGUCUAUGAAAACUUUACGAGUGCUAAUUUAUCCCAAUUUGCACGAGAUAAAAUUGUGUGAUUACUUGUUAAUAAUUCGCUUUAAAAGAAGGCUAUCAUUCUCGUAAUUUAAUCCCUCUGGCUUUCGUACUAACUGUAGCGUAAACUCCGAUAUAACUUUGUUCAGGGCCUCCAGUUCUUACCUUUUAAAAAUUUUUGCCUUUUUUGGGAGCCGAAGACUUACCGACAUUUAACCAGUUGUUUGCACUUUGCUGGAAGUUUUCGAUUUUAAUCAAGACGUCAGAUAUUGAGAAAUGUAAAAAUUGGCGAUAAAAAGACCUAAGAGGUGGCUCCUUCAAUAACGUCAAUACCAAUGUGAUUGUUCUUCGUGUCACGCUGAACUUUGAUGUUCCUGGAGCCUCUUCAACAGACAAGAGCAGAUCGCAAAAGCGCAAAGGAAACUUGAGCUCCUAUCCAGGAGAUGGCUGUGGAAUAUUGCUUUUCUUUCUUUGAGGCAAUGAGCCCUGCCAAUCUACAAUGAAACCUAAAGCAUUAUUUCCCCCACCCCACCCGUUGUCGUAAAAACAUGUGGGGUUAAUGUUCCCUGUUCCCCAUCAAGUAUUCUGCUAGAAUACUGGCGCUUUUUCUCGUUCUCAUGUAUCCGAUAGACCAAUUGGGUUUCCAUGUUCCGGUACGAGUCGGCAUUAGGGUGACAAACCUUCACAUGGAAUAAUAAUAAAAAUUAUAAUACUAUUACUAGUAAUAGUAGUUUUAUUAUAAUUUUUACAUUUCUAAAUAUUAGCCUUUAAUUCUUCAUUGCUAUAUUUCAGCCUAGAUAAAUCUUACCUAUUUCAAUCAAAGUCCACAGACUUUUAAAUAUAUUUUACGUUUUUUUUCCUAAGCAAACAUAUUAGUAACGUAAUUUUAUCGUUAUCGACACAUGUAAAAGAUAUAGAAUUAUAGAUUCCAUUAUAAAUAGAUUUAAGCACUUGAAAUAAGAAUAUUUCUUUGCAUUAUUAAAAAAAAUAUAUAGACAAUUAUAAUGAUGUACUGCUACUACUGUUUCUUCAGAAUGUGGCGUUUUGGUAAACAGCACAUUGAAAAGUCCGGUAUCCAUCUACCUAUCCAGCAGACAUGGUUUGUGAAUACUCUGUUCCUAUUCCACCCGAAGGACCAAUGGGAAUAUAUUUCGUUGACUUUGAUGUGGAGUUUCAAUCAUCAUGCAGGCAAGAUAGUCCUCUCUACCACGAGUUAAACAUUUUUCUUUGUAGGCAGCCGGUCCAAGAGUUCUCUGUCUGCUAUUAUGUUUUGCAUGCUAGUCUUGCAAAAUGAGCUUCAUAAAAAAUUCAAACAAAGGCAGAUGAUGUAGCUGAAGCAAACUUUACAGCACUCGUCCAAAAAAUACCAGGAAAACUUCCUUCAAACCUUCGUAUCAUUAGACAAGAAAAUCGUCCGUAGUCUCUGUUACUUUUCUCUAGAUUAGAAACAAGAAGCUUCAUCCUUAGCUGUGCCGCGUGGUUUCAAAUUAGCUUAAGGACUUUUAACGUCGUUUCAGCUAUCAGUUGAUCUUUAAAAUUGCACUUUUAUUCUUUCAGUCUAUCUUUGUUGAAGAGUAAUUAUAGUCGAGUAAACUCAAUCAAGAUACUGUCUCUCUGUGAAUAAAAUCUUCGAUUAAUAUUUUCUUCAUUGUAGCUAUGACUUUGUGAAGAUUGCUAAUGAUCAGAACUAUACCUUUGGUAAAUACUGUGGUCGGAGGACUGGAGAGAGAGUUGCAGUUUAUGGAAACUUCGCCUAUAUAACAUUCCAUUCAGACCCCUCUGUCGAAAAAAGAGGAUUCUUCUUCCACUUCAAAACGGUUUCCCCUGGUUUGUAUAGUUAUUAGGAUGGAAAUCUCUCAAAAUGUUUAAUGAAGUGGUGACAGUGUGAUGUUAUAUAAAAAGAGAGAAACAAAAUAACUAUGUAACUGACAUGGAGUUUUUGUCAGCGGCAUUAAUGAACCUCUCACGGAUGAUGGCAACUAUAUCCUAUAGGCAUUCACAUGAUUUCGAGAGCAAUUUAGAAAAAAAUCAGCAUGAGUAAGUUUUUUUAAAAGCCAACCAAACUGCACGAGCCCCUGGGGAGAGUUCAGUUCGUGGUCUAUGAAAACUUUACGAGUGCUGAUUUAUCCCAAUUUGCACAAGGUAAAAUCGUGCGAUUACUUGUUAAUAAUAAUAUAUAUGCAAAAAGUUAACUCAGUUUUCAUUGGUGUACUGUUUCCAGAGUUGUGGGGUCCUUCCGCAAGAGUCAGCUUCAAGCUUCUAAACUUUCUGUCAGGAAUAACUGAGUAUUUGCGAUCUUUCUCAGUUAGAAUUCGCUAUACAAGAAGGCUAUCACUCUUAUUUUAAUCCCUGUCUUUUGUACUAACUGUAGCGUAAACUCCGAUAUAACUUUGUUCAGGGCCUCCAGUUCUUACCUUUUAAAAAUUUUUGCCUUUUUUUGGGAGCCGAAGACUUACCGACAUUUAACCAGUUGUUUGCACUUCGCUGGAAGUUUUUGAUUUUUAAUAAAGACGUCAUUACUUCCCCCCUAACCUGUACGCCAUUUUGUUUUUAUGUGCUUUCGCGACUUUCCUACCAAUCAAUUUAUUUAAACUUUCAACACUUUAUGGGAUAAAUCGACGUGUCUUUAACCAAUAAGCAACCUGAAUUUUUUUUUCAUAUAUGUUAUUAUAAAACAAAUCCGGAGAAAUGUCUUGUACUACCAACUUAGUCUGACCACUAACUUUUUUGCAUUUCAUUGUCUUAUGUAACUUGUCUUUAGAACCGCCCAAAAUAACCUUACCUGCCGUUGUGGAAGCUCACCCAAGUUACAGAGUGUCGAUUCCAGUGACUGGAACUCUACCGAUAUACACAGCAAUAAUAAGAAACUCUACUGUGUUGGUAAACACAACCUAUACUGCAGCCUUUCAGUUCUAUAAGGAGUCAAAUUGCACCUCUGUUGCCUUUAACAAGUAUGGAUAUGAUGUAAGAGAGUUCUCUGUGAUUUUUAAAGGUAAGGAAAUUUCAUAAAUCUAAGAAUAUGACGCAUCUUAAAAUAGGGUUCUGAAAAUUCUAUCCUUACAAUCGAACCUGUAUUAACCCUUCACUACAACAAGGACGUACUGAGUAGGUCAUGUGCCAUAUUACUCGUAUGCUGUAAGGACGUACGCAGUACGCCCUAAAUCAUAGUACUUGUAUGAAUACUUCCGCAAGUUGUACAAACAAUCAAACUGCAAACAAUUAAACUCACGGGGAAUGGCGUGGUGACCGCUAAAUACAGGUUAACUGCUUAAUACAGGAUAUUCAGAUGAGCGGUAUUAAAAAAAGAUAAACAAUGCAACUUUUACCGUAAUUGACCAAUUAAUGUACAGAGUCUCGCUCAUAAAUACUACUUACUUUGAUUUUGGGAGAUUUCGGUAGGUACGGUUACCAUUAUUAUUGUACAUGAAAAAGAUCUUCGCAUCAAUGAAAACUACUUAAACAGUAGUAAAAAUAAGGCCUGAAAAAGGUUUGAUCCCAUGACCUCUGCGAUACCAAUGCAGCGCUCCACCAACUGAGUGAAAGUAAAGCCUGAAAGAUGUCGCUUUCAUAUUCAUUUUUUUUAUCCAUAGUCCACAUGAUUUUUAUAUAUUCACAGUCCUAACUAUUAUUGCUGCCACCAUUACUACUACUGCUACUUAUUUUCCCACGCUUGGAUUCAACGUCAUGACGCUUUGUUUUCAACUUAAUGUUAAUGGUGUUAUUAACUGGAGUUUAUUGAUCUGGGGACUUCAUUUAAUAAAUUUUGAAUCUUUUCCUUUCCCUUACUUUCCUAUCUUUCAGAUUGUGGACAUGCCUGUUCUCCGAGUUUGUACGAAGGCAUUGAAAAUAAACUCUUCUGCGAGAAUGUGACAGCAACACAACUUGAGAUGUGUCUUUCGCCGUUGACGGAGAGAUUGUAAGAGACUGUGAAAAUAAGGCACAGACAAGCUUUUUAGCGCUAACUUGAGUUCUGAUUGACAGCGUGCUAAUGCACAGGGCACUUCCACACUGACAUAUGAACCUACAGUAGACUGCAUUUUAAAAACUAGACUCAUUGUGGACUAGACUAAUAAUCAUCAGUGCUUUGUAUUGAUAACAUUCUUGAGCUCGAAAGCCGUCAUUUCCCAUUUGAAAACUUUAGGUUGUUUCAGAUGAACACCCGAUAGAUAAAGUUUGAAAAAAAAAUCAGUGUGAGUUCUCUCAUAGGAAGGUUGAGUAAACAACAACAAAAAAUUUGAAUUGAUAAGUUGAUGUUUUCACAGGACUCUGAGGAAGAGUUAUAUAGACUUCUUAUCCGAUGAAUUGUUUGACGACUUGAUCAACCUGGAAUACCUGUGAGUUAACACAAGUUCUUCUAGGUUCUAGGUUCCGUCAUUUAUUGACGUAAAUUCUCGCCUUUUAGUUUAUUUAAAGCACAUAUGUUUGCUCAAAAAUAAAUAUAGCGAUAAUCAAUGCCAUAAAUGUAAUUUCGCACCUAACUAGCGUGCGUGCGCCUGGAGGGAGGGGUGUCUUCAUUGUUUUCUGAUAUUAGUUGGCGUCGAGACAUCAAUGCCAGUGUGACGUCACGUAGAAAUAUAACAAGCGUUUUGCUUGGUUUGCUCUGUUUAGCGAGGGGAAGCUAGCAGUAGCGAACACAGAGAAGGCAAAUACAAGCUAGCAUCGGGUUAUUACCUAAUUUGCGAAAUAAUUGUUUUGGAUUGUUGUUAUGUUAUCAUUUUACAAAAAUUGCUUAAUUUCUCCAUCCAGGUUUUCUAUUUAGCAUGAUGGCUGGGUAAAUAUUAAAGUAGGCGACAACCGUGUCUUUUGUUGGCAUAAUUGGCAAAUUCCACACAUUUGCCUUAGCAACUAUAACGGAUUUGACAAUGACAGCGCGCGUCACAUCCCAAUUUCAUUAUAAAUAGUAUUACAAAGUGCUGCUGCUCAUUGACAAGCUCGAGGACACCACAUUUUAUAUUUCAAAACUUUAAGUUGCUACAAGAUAAACAACCGAUAAGUAAAGUUUGAAAUAAAAUAUCACUGCAGGCACUACCACAGAGGAAUGACUGCAUAAAAUUAACUUAUAGGAAUUUGAAAAUCUCAACCAAUAAAAGAGUUUAUUUUAAUGAGUAGGUGUUUUUACAGGAAAUGCUGUCUAAAAAUGUAACAUUUUUUACGUGAGGGAUUGUUUGACAACUUGAUCAACCUGUAUGGCCUGAAAGUCAACACGUGAUUAUCCACUGAAUAUACUAAAUUUGAGAGGCUAUCUCUGAAAAGCCGAGAGAUUAGCCUGGCUGCAAUUCUUGGUUUAAUUUGUGCCCUUUUUGAGGUCAUUUCGCAAUUUUACAUCGCACAUACUUACUGCGUAACUAACGUACACAUUAAAGAAAUGGGGUCUUUUUCUCUAUGGUCAGAUUUUCCGGAAAAGUAAAUCGUCCCUUUUACUAACAAACAAGUGCGGUGACCAAAAAUGUUUUUUUUUUCAUGGAAUUAAGGAAAUACUCUUUUCGAUAAAAAAAACAAAACCCAUUUUCAAUAUGGGAAAAAUUAGAAAGAUUUUAGCAAGUACUCAAAAUAUUAUUGCCCUAAAAUUAUCAAUUUUUAUGGCUAUCUAUAAAGAACUGCUGCUCCUUAACAAGCCCUAAAAUUACCUUCUCAUAUGUAAAAAACUGUAUCUUGUCAUACGUAAAGAAAAUUAGAAAAAAAAAACCAAUUGUUCAAGUUUAAAAAAAAAAAUACAUUUUAGGUUCUUUUUCAAAGGAAUAACCAACUGUGAAAAAAAUCAAUGCAUAGAAAAUUUGAAUAGAUCAGUCGAUCAAAAAUCUUAAUUUGUUUAUGUUUUUACAGGGAACUGAAUGCUAAUAAUAUAACCUUUUUACCUGAGGGAUUGUUUGACAACUUGAUCAACCUAAAAUAUCUGUGAGUGAACACGACUUUGUCUUGCUUCUCUAAAAAAAUUCAGAGGCUUUCUCUGUAAGAGCCAAGGAUCAGCCUAGCUCACAUUAUAGUGACAACUAUAGGGCUCAAACUUAAUACUAGUGAGGAUAAGUUUACUUACUGACGUCAAAUUUCGCUUUCUGUCUUAUUUAAAGCAGUAAUUUUUAACGAACCCAAGAAUAAUGAUGACCAAUGGCAAUGGCUUUUUUUAUUUUAACUUUUAUUCUCUUUAUGGAGUAAUCUGUGUCCUUUGUAAGAUCAAUUGGCAAUUUUAUAUUGCACAUCCCUACUGUGCAACUAACAAAACAUUGACAAAAUGGAUACUUUUCCUGUAAAGUCGGACUUUUCCAGAAAAUUAAAUCACCCUUUUACUUGCGAACAGGCGAGGUUACCGAAAAUGUGGAAAAAAAUUAACAAUUAUUGCCCUAAAAUUCUAAGAAUUAUAUGCCUAUCUAUAAAGAACUGCUGCUCCUUAACAAGCUCUAAAACUCCCGUUAUAUGUGUCAAAACUGUUUCUUGUCAUAUGAUGGAAAAAACCAUUAGGAUGAGAUGGAAAAACAAGAAAUGAUCAGUGACGGGUUCGUUUUAGUUUUCGGAGGAAUAAACAACCUUAAAAAAAUCGACUCAUAGAAAAAUUCAAAUAGACCAACUGUUAAAUAAAAUAACUUUUAAGGAUCAUAAUUAACAAUAGUUAAAGUUAAGUUCAUCGAAUGACGUAAAAUUUUACUCUAUAUUUUAUUUAAAGCAGUCAUUUUUAAUUGAACCCAAGAGUAAUGAUGAUCAAUAGCAUCCAGCUGUCAUCUUAACAAUAUAUUUUGGAAAACCGUUAUUGGCAAGUAGUCAAAUAUUAUUGUCCUAAAAUUAUAAAAAUUAUAUAGCUUAGGGUUAAAGAGCUGCUGCUCCUUAACAAGCUCUAAAGCUGGCUUUUUAUGUCUUUAAACUAUAUCUUGUCAUAGGAUAUGAAAAACCCAGGUUUGUUUUCAGAGCAAUAACCAGCCUUAAAAACAUUAACUCAUAGGAAAUUUGAAUAGAUCAAUAGUUAAAUAAAAUAAACUUAAUAAUUCGAUGUUUUAACAGGCUACUGGAGGCUAAUAAUUUAACGUUUUUACCUGAGGGAUUGUUUGACAACUUGAUCAACCUGGAUAUUUUGUGAGUUAACACAAGUUUGUCUAGGUUUUUUAAUAAACGAAGAGGCUUUCUCUCUCAAGGAUCAGCCUAGCUGAGAUUAAACUGACAACUCUAUGCUCAAACUUGUUGAAAAAAAUUAUUUUAACGAGUCGAUGUUUUUACAGGGGACUGAAUGCUCAUAAUUUAACUUUUUUACCUGAGGGAUUGUUUGACAACUUGAUCAACCUGAAAGGGCUGUGAGUUAACAUGAGUUCCUCUAAGUUUUGUGAUAAAUUGUGAGGCUUUUUCUGUAAGAGCCAAGGAUCAGUCUAGCUGAGAUUAUAGUGAAAACACAGGGGCUCAAACUUGUUGAACAAAAUUAAUUAAGUGAAUCGAUGUUUUUACAGAGGACUGAAUGCUCAUAAUUUAACUUUUUUACCUGAGGGAUUGUUUGACAACUUGAUCAACCUGAAAGGGCUGUGAGUUAACAUGAGUUUCUCUAAAUUUUGUGAUAAAUUGUGAGGCUUUUUCUGUAAGAGCCAAGGAUCAGUCUAGCUGAGAUUAUAGUGACAACACAGAGGCUCAAACUUGUUGAACAAAAUUAAUUAAGUGAAUCGAUGUUUUUACAGGGGACUGAAUGCUAAUAAUUUACCGUUUUCAUCUGAGGGAUUGUUUGACAACUUGAUCAACCUGGAAGUGCUGUGAGUUAACUCGAGUUUGUCAAGGUUUUCAAAUAAAUUAAGAAGCUUUCACUGUAAGAGCCAAGGAUCAGCCCAGCUGAGAUUAUAGUGACAACACAGGGGCCCAAACUUGUUGAACAAAAUUAAUUUAAUGAGUCGAUGUUUUUACAGGGUACUGAAGGCUAUUAAUUUUCCGGUUUUACCUGAGGGAUUGCUUGACAACUUGACCAACCUGAAAAUGCUGUGAGUUAACUCAAGUUUGUCUAGGUUUUCUAAUAAAUUAAGAGGCUUUCUCUGUAAGAGCCAAGGAUCAGCCUAGCUGAGAUUAUAGUGAAAACUCUAGGGCUCAAACGUGUUGAACAAAAUUAAUUUAAUGAGUCGAUGUUUUUACAGGGGACUGAAGGCUAAUAAUUUACCGUUUUUACCUGAGGAAUUGUUUGACAACUUGAUCAACCUGGAAGUGCUGUGAGUCAACUCAAGUUUGUCUAGGUUUUCUAAUAAAUUAAGAGGCUUUCUCUGUAAGAGCCAAGGAUCAGCCCGGCUGAGAUUAUAGUGACAAUUCUAAGGCUCAAACUCGUUGAACAAAUUUACUUUAACGAGUCGAUGUUUUUACAGGCUACUGGAGGCUAAUAAUUUACCGUUUUUACCUGAGGGAUUGUUUAACAACUUGAUCAACCUGGAUAGGCUGUGAGUUAACACGAGUCUGUCAAGCUUAUUUAAUAAACUUAAGAAGUUUCCUUUCAGGGAACCAAGAGAUCUGCCUGAAGUUAGUGGGAGAACGCCAUGGCUCAAAAUUAAUAAUGGCGAGGACAAGUUCAUUUACUGACGUCAUAUUUUGCUUAAUGUUUUAAUUAAAGCAGUCAUUUUUAAUCGAACCCAAGAAUAGUGAUGAACUGAAUAGCAUCCAGCCGUCAUCUUGGUGGCUUUUUAUUUCAAUGGUUAUUUUUUUUUGUGGUGUAAUUUGUGCCUUUUGGCAAUUUUACAUUGCACAUACUUACUGUGAAACCAGUGUGCACAUAAAAAAAAAAGGCAGCUUUUCCUGUAUAGUCACUUUUUUCAGAAAAACAAACUCUCCUUUUACUUGCAAACACAGGCGCGGUGGCCGAAUAUGUGUUUUAUUUUUUUGGAUUGAAGGAAAUACCCCUUUUUCGAUUGAAAACAAAAAUGAAAGGUGCAGGUUGCUUUUCAGAGGAAUAAGCAACUGUAAAAAUAUAAAUUCAUAAGAAAUUAAAAUGGAUCAAUUGAUCAUUAAAAUAAAUUAAGUGAGUCGAUGUUUUUACAGGAAACUGGAGGCUAAUAGUGUAACCUUUUUACCUGAGGGAUUGUUUGACAACUUGAUUGACCUGCAAGAGCUGUGUGCUAACUCGAGUUUAUCUAGCUUAUUUAGCCGCCGUAUGUUUGUUUGCUUUAUGUGAAGGGCGCCCUCUAACAUUUUGCACACAAAGAAAAGUCUUGUUCACAAUAAGAUGUUCCCAAUAAAGUGAUGAAAUUCUAUCCGUUUCUGGUGAGGUGUCUAAAAGACACCUCGUGAAAAAGCGACCGUUGAUAUAGCAUAUUUAGUCCAAUCUCAUUGGCAAUUUCCACACGAAUGUUAAAGAAAAUGUCACGUAUUAGAUUAAAGUAGUGCUGCGAGAAUUUCAGGGAAAAACUUUGAUCAGCCCUAGCCCCUUAUUCGAUUAACAAGUACAAAACCAUUCUCAAUGUAGGAAAAAUGAGCAAUACUUUGAAGAGGCGUUUUUAGGAAGUACUCAAAAUAUUAUAGUCCUAAAAUCAUAAGAAUUAUAUGGCUAUCUAUAAAGAACUGCUGCUCCUUAAAAAGCUCUCUUUUUGUGUGUCGAAACUGUUUCUUGUCAUAUGAUAGAAAAAACCAAUAAGUUGAGUUUGAAAAACAAAAAAAUGAUUAGUGCAGGUUGUUUUUCAGAGGAAUAAGCAACCGUAAAAAACAUAAAUCAUAAAAAAAUUAAAAGAAAUCAAUUGUUAAAUAAAAUAACCUUAAAAGAGUCAAUGUUUUUACAGGGAACUGAAGACCAAUAGUGUAGCCUUUUUUUACCUGAGGGAUUGUUUGACAACUUGAUUGACCUGCAAUACCUGUGAGCUAACUAGAGUUUAUCUAGCUUAUUUAGCCGCCGUAUGUUUGUUUGCUUUAUGUGAAGGGCGCCCUCUAACAUUUUGCAUACAAAGACAGUCUUGUUCACAAUAAGAUGCUCCCAAUAAAGAGAUGAAAUUCUCUCCGUUUCUGGUGAGGUGUCUAAAAGACACCUCGUGAAAGGAAGCGAUCGUUGAUAUAGCAUAUUUGGUUCAAUCUUAUCGGCAAUUUCCACACGAAUGUUAAAGAAAAUGUCGCGAAUUAGAUUGAAGUAGUUCUGCGAAAAUUUCAGGGAAAAACUAUGACCAGCUUUAGCCGUCAGUUGUUUGUUGCUUGAUUUGAAGAGUGUCCGCUAGCUUUUUUCUCACAAGGGCAGUCAUACUUUAUGGUGAGAUGUCCACAAAAAAGAUCGUUUUAUGUCGAAAUAUUUUUUUUGGAUCUGAGUUUUCUCAGACACGAUGAAGUAUCUGUUUGUAUGCCUAGUAGAGUCAUUUUGGAUGAGCUUACUCAGAUUCCUGGUCAAUAUUAUUUAAAUUGAACCGAAAGAUCAUUUUUGAAUAAGCUUUGGUCAGAACGUCUUACUCGACAGUCCUUUAUCAUAAAGUCGAUGGACUUUUCGCAACAAAAAGCUUUUCUCAAACAAAAAAAAAAAAAAAAAAACCACAACAAUAUAACAUUUUGACCUGAGCGACUGUUUGACAACUUCUCAGUCUGCAAUACUUGUGAGUCAUCACGAGUUUGUUUAGCUAAUCUUAAAAUUAAGAGGCCCUUUCUCUAAAAACCAAGGAUCAGCGUGGCUGAGAUUAUAGUGAAAACUCUUGGGCUCAAACUUAACAAUAGUGAGGGUUAGUUCAUAUACUGACGUCAAAUUUCGCUUUCUGUUUUAUUUAAAGCACUAAAUAAAUUUUUAAUCGAACCUAAGGAUAAUUAUGAUCAAUCGCAUCCGGCCGUCGUGUUGGUGGCUUUUUCUUUUUGUGGUCUGAUUUGUGCCCUUAUAAGGUCAUUUCGCAAUUUUACAGUGCACAUACUUAUUGUACAAUUAGCGUGCACAUUAACAAACUUUCGGCUUUUCCUAUAUAGUUAGAUUUUUCCAGAAAAGUAAAUUCGUCCUUUUCACUUGCAAACAAAGCUCGGUGACCGAAUACGUUUUAUUUUUCCUCGGAAUAGAAGAAAUAUCCCUUUUUCGACCAAAAAGUAGAAACCCAUUCUCAAUGUAGGAAAAUGAACAAUAUUUCGGAGAAGCGUUUUAAGCAUGUGGUCCAAAUAUUAUAAUCCUAAGAUUAUAAUGAUUAUAUGGUUAUCUAUAAAGGACGGCUACCCCCUAAGAAGCUCUAAAACUCCAGUUUGUGAUAAAAACCAAUAGGUUGAGUUUGAAAAACAAAAAAUUAUCAGUGCAGUUUGUUUUUCAAAGGAAUAAACAACCUUAAAAAAAUCAACUCGUAGGAAAUUUGAAUAGAUUAAUUGUCAAAUAAAACUACUUGAUGUUUUUACAGGAAACUGGAGGCUAAUAAUGUAUCCGUUUUACCUGAGGGAUUCUUUGACAACUUGAUCAACCUGGAAUGGCUGUGAGUUAACACGAGUUUGUCUAGCUAUUCCAAUAAAUUGUAAGGCUUUGUCUGUAAGAGCCAAGGAUCAGCUUAGUUGAGAUAAUUGUGACAACUCUAUGGCUCAAACUUAACGAUAUUGAGAAGAAGUUCAUGUACUGACGUCAAAUUUUGCUCUAUGUUUUAUUUAAAGCAGCCAUUUUGAUCGAACCUAAGAAUAAUGAUGAUCAAUAGAAUCCAGGUGUCGUCUUGGUGGCCAUUUAUUUGAAUGAUUAUUGUUUUUGUGGUGUAAUUACAUUGCAACUUUACGUUGCCAUACGAGAAAAUAAAAAAAACAACAACAACAACAGCGAAAAAAACAAUAGGAAGGGUUUAAGAAAAAUAUCGGGACAGAUACUUUUUCAGAGGCAUAACCGGAAACCGGAAAAAUUGAAUAAAUCAACUAAUUAGAAAAGUUUACUCUGAUAAGUCGAUGGUUUAACGGGAUACUGCCGAAUAAUGACAUAGCUUUUCUACCUGAGGGACUGUUUGACAACUUGAUCAACCUGGAAUGGCUGUGAUUUAAUACAAGUUUGUCUCUGUUUGUUAGUGCUAUUUCAAAAACGAGCUCAAGGCUUUCUCCUUGAGAACCAGCAAAUGAACCUGGAAUCAUUGUGAUAAAUCAGGGACACAAACUUAACUAUAGUGAUGAUUAGUUAGUUUACUCAAGUCAAUUCUCGCUUAAUUUGAUUCCAACCUAACGAUGGAUAUAAUUAAUGCAGACGAGUUCUGAUAAACUUAAGUAGCCGAAGGUUGCAUCGGUCGCCUCUAGUAUUUAUGCAAAUUUUGCUUAACAUAUUUCAAUUUCUGUUGGUUUGUCAGUGCCAGCUUUUUUUUUCCGCUAAAACUUUAAUCAUUUGAAAGUUUAACAAUUCCUGUGUAAGGGAUAUUGAUAUUCUGAUGCUCUCGUGUUGAUUUUUUGCAUUUUGUUUUAGUCAUUUGGAUUCAAACUUUACAUUAGAGAUAAUCAAUCCAUUAACCGACGCCAGGUUUUGCUUUUUUUAUUGAAAUGAAACAAUUUUCCUCAAACUUGAUUAUGACGAUAAUCAAUACAAUCUGUUUUUUUUUUCUAGUGCAAUUUUUUUGCUGCUUCAAAAAUAACUGAUACGAUUAUUUACCAAAGCAAACAACAAAAACGCUAAUUGAUAUGUUGAUGUUUCCACAGAAGAAUGUCUUCAAACCACAUAACAAAUCUAGCUGAGAGAUUGUUUGCCAGCUCGACCAACUUGCGAACCAUGUGCGUAGAAAAAAAGAUGUUUAUCUAGCUUAUCUAAUUAACUAAUGAAUUGCAAGAUUUUCCCAGUACUGACUGGUAGGCCUUUUUUUUAGGAGGUGAGGAAAAUAGUUUUUAACUAAAAUGGCGGUUUUUAAUUCAUUGCUGAAAUUUAGCUAAAAAAGCAACAAAAAAACAAAGAGCUUUUAUACAAGAGCCAGUGUAACCUAUAAGAGGAAAUAACGUCUCAAAGCAAGUGACAAAAAACGCUAAUAAAUAUGUUGAUGUUUCCACUGAAAAUUAUCGUCAAACCACAAAACAAAUCUACCUAAGAGAUUGUUUGUCAACUUGACCAACCUGGAAACCCUGUGCGUUAAAAAAAAAAAAAAAAGAUGGUUAUCAAUCUUAUCUAAUUAACUAAUUAAUUUGCGAGGUUUUCUCAGUUCUGACUGGUGAGUCUUUUUUUUCGAGAAGGGUAGGAGAAUAGUUUUUAACCAAGUUGGCGGUUUUUUAUUUAGUGCAGGGGAAUUUGCUGGUUAAGCAACGCGUAUGGAAAACCUUCAGCUCUUGGCUGAAAUUUAGCUAGGGUGCAGCUAAAACUCUAAAUGGAUUCAGCAAGAAAUCGUUAAUAUCAUUUUCCUAACAGCAAUCAAAGAGAGUAUAUAGGGUAUCUACAAAAUACUGCUGUAUUUUGAUUUUUGCACAGAUAUCUAUCAUCAAACCAUAUAAAAAAUACACCUGAGGAACUGUUUGUCGGCUUGACCAACUUGAGAACCCUGUGAGUUAAAAGGUUAUCUAGCUUAGGAAGUUUUCGUUGAGGACAGGAACGGGGAUUCAAAUAUUAUAUGACAGUAGCUCUGCGUCUUUCUUCUUUUCUUCCGUUUUUCGUCUUUUUUUUUCGUUUUGUGAAUGAAAUUUUUGUUUGUUUGUUUGUAGAAAAUAGUUCACACUUAAGGUGGCUGGCAAUAGUUUCCCCAAACGCUAACCGGCUAUUUUCAGAAAUUCCGCUCCCCCGCGAAAGAUUUCAAACUGGCUUCUCAAUUUCAUUGGAAUGUUCAUAGCGAUUGUUAUGCCACACUCACUAUUUUAAAUUUCAAUCUUUUGAUCAAAGCCUGAGUGAGAUUCGUUUGAAUGCGAAGGAAGAAAGUUGGUUUUGAGCGCUUUGAAUAUACACGUAGCCGGUGAGAGCUUAAGAGUACUGUAGCUGGCUUCUUUUAGAAACUUAAAUUUAAACUAAUCAUGAACCAAUUGAAGAGUGCAAAUUUUCCUAAGGUUAAUAAGUUAUUUUAUUUGCAUUAAAUUCUGAAAAUUUUAACAGGGAUCUAUCUUUCAACUUUAUUACCUCUCUACCUGGCUUACCGAGUUCUGGGAAGCUGGAAUUCCUGUAAGCACCAACAGUAACUAAUACCAAUCAUGUGCAAUUUUCCUUCCGUGGUAGAAUAUCGACCAUCAGGUCUCGAGUGGAAUAUUCACUUGGAUUCAUUUACUUUGUUCGAAUUUACAAUUUUAUUUAUUAACCUACCCAUUGGUUCAUGAUUUUUAAACAUCUACAGUCGACUUCUGAUAACUUGAACACUUGCUAACUUGAACCUAGCGGUACCUCGGUCAAAGAAACUAUUUCUCAAGAAAAGUAUGAGAAAAAAUAGAUCCAGCUUUGGUCAGGAAAUUUGUGAAAACUAUAAUUUUGACCCACAUCUUUUCUUGAUCCUUAGUCUUGUCGUGUGUUGGGAAGCUUAUCGAGUUUUUGAUCACAGCUGCACUGUGUUAUGUUCAAAAUACGCGAGUCAUAAGGUGUGACGGUUUUAGAAAUCUAUCAGGUACAUGCAUAUGUGGCUCGUGAAUUUUAAAAAUUGUAUCGCUGCUUGUGUAAAUUAAGUCUCCUUGUUGAGUCACACUGGGUCGCCUGCAUCGCCUUAUUUUUGAAGAAAAACAUUUCCUAACUUUUGUUUUUUUAGUUACGGCGACUUGAGAUCCCAUAGUAAGCCUUUGUGUGUAUAUUGGUCAUAUAUUUUGACUUUAAUAACCUCGAUUGUCCUAUGUAUUCGUUUCUACAGGGAUUUUUCUUGGAAUAAACUUACCUUCUUCCCCGGCAAUGCGUUUGGCGUGCCUUUCAAUUCACUGCGCAAAAUGUUGGUGACUCAAUUUAUUAUUUUUUUUCUCUUGAUUAAUUUCUUUACUUCUUUUGAUUGGUUUGUGCGAUUUAAUAUCAACAAAAUUCCCGCUUCAAAGUAAGUUAAGUUGCAGAUUGAGAUGGAGCAUGUCUUUGAAGGGUUUCACUUUGAAGGCUUCAAAAUCCACAUUUAAAUGAUAAUAAACGUCUAUUAUUAAAAGACAAACGCUCAGGCCAUCAGUUUAAUCAUACUUACGAAAACACAGUAGUGUAUUAUUUUUUUAGCCUUCGUCAAAAAUACUCAAAUAAUAAGACAGUGUAAUUCAGAAAAUACAGUUUAAAACGCAGAUUUAAUAAAGCUAUGUACUGUUGUCCUUGAUGGUGGUCAAGUUUCCUAUCGGUCGUUUAACUACCUUUUAAUGCGCUUGAAAGGAAUGCAAACUUUGAAAAAUGAAUAAAAUGAAAAACAAACAACCUCGUUUUUUAUUACAAUUUUUAAUCAGACACUUUCUCGUCUCUGACAAAAAUAGUGUUCAUUCCUUCAGUGAGUGUCUUGCCGUUUCGGUUAGCUUUCUCAACAGGAACCAUUUGAGGAGAAUUCCUUACAGAGCCUUUUACAAUGUGACCCAUUUAGACCUACUGUGAGUAUUUUUAACAGGCAUUCCAUAAGCUCAACUACUAAAGAAAAUAAGGGUUUGGAUACACGUAGAAUCAGAUAGACCAUCACAAAGGCAGCAACUAAAAAAAGAUUGCACAUAAAAUUUUACGGCUGAAACCCAGUUUUCUAUCACAAAACUGAUGAGUAUCAUUCCCAAAUUUAAAGAAGCUUUCACCAUGUCUUCACUUCUAUGGAAUCAAGGAGCUCGUUCCUUGCCUGUUUUUGUUGCCGUACAGCUUAGUUGCCAGUAAGCUUAACGUGUUUCAGAGUAUUGGUGCGUUUUACAGUUCAUUGACGCAACAACGCGCGUUUAAGACUUUCUUGAUAAAAUAAAAUUUUAGAUAAAUAAAGUGCGUUCGAUUCAGCAUAGGAUUAGAUUUUUUUCGCGUAAUAAAAUCCAUUCCAUAAUUCAAUCUACGAACAACGUAUGGUGGCUUAGCUCACAGUUCUGAUUUGCCGCAUUAACUCGUUUUCAUUCCAUCAAAUGGUUGUUAUCUAACUUCAUAUCUUGCAGCAUUAAUACCGAAGUGAGUCUCGAUUACCGCAUGAGAUCGAGGCCAUGUGUGGCUGUCACUCCAAGAUGGCGUUGAAUCGCAUAUUUACACGCAAAUUCAGGAUUAAUAUCAACUGUGUUGCAGAAAUUGGCCUUGUCAAUGACCGACUCGGGCAAUUUCUAAAAACACGCAUACUAUUUUAAUCCUAAAGUUUACUCGUGACUACUUCCAAUUUUCUUCCUGAAUUUAUAAAGCUGUUAAUAAAAUCCAAUCCUUCCUAGCAGGUACUGUCCAGGGCCAAAAGCAAAGUACGCUAGAAAACUGUCACAUACAACAAACUGAUUUAUGCAUACGCUACAAGGCCAGCAGUCGGGCAUGGUCGGCAACCAAGCAGAUUUUUUUUUUAAAUUUAUGUAAAAUGUUCUUUAAAACCUCAUCAGAGAACCAAGUAACUGUUUGUAAUUGUGAAAUUUUUCUACAAGAUUACAAAAUACCCUAAAUUGGGUCGAAAAGUGCUAAUUUGGUCUCCACAGAAUACCGAUUAAUUUUAUAGUAAAUAAGGCAAGACAAAAUCAAGACUUUAGCAACCGUCAUUUUAUAAAGGGUGUCCGGUGAAAAUCGGAUUCGUUACAAUUUUUUUUUCGCAGAAAUAUUCCAAUGUGAUUUUCACUGCUACAUAUUAAUCGUCCUCAUUUUAUUCCUGUAGAACAUUAUCUGAUAAUCCUCUUGAGAUUAUCGAGCGGGAGGCCUUUCGCCUUGAGUCCCUCAGCGUGAAAUUCACACUGUAGGUUUUAAAUUUUUUUAGAAUGAUAUUCUAUCUAGGUGUUACUCAUUCAAGGACUUCUUCAAGUUUAAUAUUUGCUGAUCAGAUCAUGAAGAAGGACUGAAAACCUAUAAGAACGAGAAAAACAAAAUCUGAUCACAUAUAUCGCCAAGUUAAAGACUGAAGUGCAUUGAACCUAUGCCAAAUCUGUAGUAAGAUGAUCUCAGCUCUUGUUACUCUUCUUCCACUUUACAGCUUUCUCCUCCGGACGACGUUAAAGACAUUAACAUCUGCCUCAUUCGCAGGCCUCCACUCUAUGAAUUUCAAACUGUGACGUAUCCAACAUAAUCAAACUUUCAGCAUUUGCACUAAGUAGUUAAAACGAUAACCAACAAACAUCAUUGCAACAAUGGCCGGUGAUAAUUUGUUCAAUCUUUGUUGAGGAGUUUUAAAUAAUAAUUACAUUUUCUCAAACUUGAAAUUACAAUUGUAUGGGCUGCAACAAUACUCACCUUAUGGAGCAACAUUAAGCGCUGAUAAAUACUGUCUUCAAACUCACAUGAUUUCCAUUUAUUGAGUACGAGAUAGGGUAUGAAAAGUUUAAGAGUCCGUUCCUUAAUUCUCUCCUGCUCCCUGACAUAUGAUGCCGACCCCAUGGGUAUUCUCACUAUGUUAUAUAAGUUGAUGCUUUCAGGAAAAAACAAAACACAUCAAAACAAAAAACAACAUAAAACGAGUAACUUAGGAUAGCUAAUGUUGAUUUAUUUCAGUUGAAUUUAGAUAUUCAGCCGAUAGAAAUUGUUUAAUUUCUGUUGCAGUGUUGCAAGGAAUAGAACAGCUAGAACCAUGUAUUAUCCUAUUCCAAGAGGGAAAGUCACAAUUUACUUGUCAGUAUAAGAUGAAUGUUUUGAUAGCGUACACGCAUAACAUCAUAUCACAUACCCAGUAGUGUUGAUAUGUAACUUUAAUUUAGGACAAGCAGCUGAGCAAGGGAGAGCAGGAAUAUUUAAAAAGACUUAAUAUUCAAUGUAGGAUUUUUGGAUCCUUACUAUACCGAUCUGAGAGAAAAAGCAGAGCGUUUAAAUUAGAAGUAGUAGAAAUUAUAUAUGAAUCAAUUACCAGCGUCAUCGGCAUUAGUGUCUGGUAAAGUCUGAUAAAGUCAAGACUGAUAUAGUCACGCGAGCUUAAGCAAUGAUAUAUUUAUAUGUAAAUAUACUACAAUAUUUCCAAAAAUUCUUCUGUUAUCAUUUUCACUCUUAGGAACUCUCUUUAUUCUUACGAUGAAGCUAUUGUCGUUGAACGUUACAGCAGUGAACACGACUCCCUUCAGCCAGCACUACUCAGUAUGGGUUUCACCGAAACUAAAAACAAAUCACACGUUGUAUUUCUCCCAUGUCCUUUGGGAUCAUUUUCGAAGUCUUUGGGAACAAGAAGCUGGAAGUGCGUUGAUUGCUCUCCUGGUAUGUUAUAGUUUGGACGUUUGUUGGAACCCGAUGUAGCUUAGUUCACAAUAAGAAACGGUGAAGGCGAUUAAUUUCUUGGUACAUGUGUCUAGGAAUGACCAUCUUAUGAACCUUAUCUUGCUUGUAUAUAAACAAUAUUGCCAAAGAAGUCUUUCGGGGGAGGCUUUAAUACUCAAAGUCCGCUGGGGUCGUUUUAUCUUAAGAGUCAGUAACCACACCAAUAUAUUUUGAAUAAAACCUAAAGAGCUACAAAAGUGUAGGGAAGUAAAAGCUGUCUCAAGUUAUGACGCGGGUGCGAGAGAGGAUUUCAGGUUUCAGUAUAUAAAUGAAAAAUAGUCUCUGUCCAAAGCAUCAACUAUUUCAAUUUAGGAAAAAUAACUUGCAAAGGAACUUUUUUUCCUCUAUCAAUGAAACUAAAAUUGAUCAAAAAUUUGACUUCGAACCAAAGUAAACGAUGAUUGUUGGUGCUGGGAGAAAAUUCCCGCAGAGGCAGCUUUGCAGGGUAGCUAUAUUAGAAGGUUAACUAUUUGUUUUCGAAAGCUCAACCUUGAAGCUGGUGGAAACUUCUUAUUCCACCAAGUUACAGGUACGUUGAAGGUUUAUAUUUUUAUUUUAACAUAAAAUCAAAAUGUACUUGGAACCACUCAUUACCUCAACUGGAACUUUGACAUGUUCCUCUUUCAGGUGGUUUUUACUCCGACACUCUUGGUUAUGUUGCAGACGGCUGUAAGAAAUGUCCAAAUGGUUCUUACGUGGCAUAUGACAAAAAACCUGGAAAAUCUGUACUGGACUGCAAGACAUGUCCUGACGGUAAUAACCGAACAUGUGCUUUUUGACGUCACCAAAGGGUUUUAAGCUGUCAGUGUGUACACACGUAAUCAAAUGCUGUCUAGAAGCCUGUAAAGAUUGAAGAAAAAUGACUAGAAUUAGAACAGCCGUAUUUAUCUUUGGAAACAAACCCAGCACGUAGGCAAAAAUCGAAUUUCGCGAAACCCUUCCCUGUACUUGCUUCAUUGUGUAUGGUUGGUUUGAAGAUCUUUUUUUUCACUUAAGGGUAGUAUUUGACGCCCCAAGGUUUAUAGGUGAACCAAUCAGUUGAUCUUCCUCUCAAUCAAUAUUUGCAAGAACAUCGGGUCUCAAAGCUCGGGAGAGAAUCCUUUCCACCCUGCGCUGAUAAAUAAUACGAAAACGAGGUUCAAGACUUUGAUCCUACUUUUUUUUUCAAUGAUAAUUAAAUAUGACAUCAUUAGUCGAGCUGGUGUUUAGAGCGCCAGCUUCAUCUAACUGAAGGUAGGAGUGAGUAAGAUUUGAUUGAUUAAUAAUGCAAUCUUGGAUUUUUACAGGAACGGAAACCGACUUUUUCGCUGGACAUCGUGCUUGUCCCUGCUUGGAAGGCCAUUACAGAACUCAUCUCUUCGACAAGUGUCUUACAUGUGGCCGAAGCGGGCUGCUAUGCCAAGAUGAGUACGCCUCACUAAAACCUGGCUUUUGGUGGCAAUGGCGGAACGAGUCCUAUAAACAUCGCUAUGAAUAUUUCAUGAAAAAUCUCGCCCGGGAGCUACCUGCAUUGGAUGAUUUCUCAGUGCAGUAUCCUUAUGCAAUACCAACACCAUACAGAUGUCAGGUAGAGGAGUCUUGCAAAGGUGGUUUGGACUCACCAUGCGGAGAAGGCUAUCAAGGUCCGCUUUGUGCUGUAUGCAAUCCAGGGUACCACAAACAAUUUCACUCUUGCGAAAAAUGUCCUUCACGGGCUUGGAUUGUAGGACAACUCUCUCUCAUUGCUGCUAUUAUAGCGAUAUUUUUGACCCUUAUAGUUUGGAGAAAGAAAAAUAAUCUUUCAAAGGACCGGGGACUCUCUUGUUUUGACAAUUUGUUGUCAAAGCUUAAGAUCUUGAUUGGUUUUUAUCAAGUCACUCAUGGCUUGCUAGAUGUGUUCUCGUUCAUUGAAUGGCCAGAUUCAUUGCAGGUUGUGUCCAAAUAUUCAGGAAUUUUACAGAUGAAUUUGCUUCAGGUAGCACCGGUUCACUGCCUUAAUCACAAAUUACACGUGGAUGCCUUUGGAGAUUUGUUUGUGCUAUUGUCAAUGAAUGCCAUGGUUAUUGUUGGUUCGUGUGUGAUCUAUGGUUUUUGGUAUAUGAUGAUCUCAAGAAAACAGGGACUGGAGGAGGACGAAAGGCCAAGCAAAAUUUCACAAGGGAAAGUUCUUCUUUACAGAAACGCUUUUUUCUUCCUGUACGUGACAUACCUAAGCACCUGUUCGAGGACAGCCAGUGUCAUGCCGUUCGCCUGCCAGAAACUCUGCAAAGACAAAAGAGAAGAGUUAUGUGACGAGUACCUUAAAGUAGAUUACAGCAUAAAAUGCCAAGGAGCAAAUUACAAUCAUCUUGUGAUCGUAGCUUAUGUUUCAGCUGCAUACAUCAUUGCUUUACCUGCUCUUUCUCUCGUCGCACUUUGGAGGCAUCGGCGAACAAUCAUAACCAAGAAAGACAGUGAUAAUGGCUCUGAUCCAGAAGUUGUUGACGGAUUGCGAUUUCUCUUUGAAAAUUACAAACCUUGUUCUUGGUACUGGGAACUGAUUGAAAUGUCCCGCAAAUUCAUUCUUACGUGCGGCCUCAUUCUCGUGGGUCAAGAAAGCAGAUCCUUCAUUGGAUUGGCCUGGGUUGUUGCCGGUAUGUAUGCAGUGCUUUUCUGCUGGAUCAAACCCAUGCAAGACACUUUUGAGAACAGACUGAUGUCCACUUCUCUUGCCGUUACACUUGUAAAUCUGGGUAUCGGUGCUGUGAGCAGAAUUCCGACUGAGAACAUAUUAAACAUGGCGGACCAUCACAAGGACGCUUUGGCAAUGAAAAUACUGAUUAUUGGAGCGAAUACGUUGGUGAUUGGCCUCCUUGUUGGUAAGAUAAACAUCAAUUUCAUGGAAAGAAACUCAACUGCAACUUUUAUAUGUUGCUUUGUGUUGUCCGAUAUAUUAACCACAGUUGUGUCAUAUCAUUCACAUUAAAGGUAGCCUUAUCGUAUCUCCAGUUUAUUUCAACAGCAACUAACCAUUGAAAUAAAACGCACAAUAAGAGUUUGGUCUUUCGAUAGAGCUCAAUUUAUUUGGUUAAAAAUUGAAACUACGUUACAGGCUUCUAUGGUUUGUAAUUCCACACCUUAUGAGAUUUUUACAGCUAAACAGAGAAAGUUUAAUUCUCUGGUCAAUCAUUUUCUUCCUAGUUCAGUACUUGGCAUACUUACAUCAGGUCUUCAAAGAGUGGCGCAAAAAUCCAAAAUGGUCCUUUUCUUGUUGCCUGGCCUUGCUUCUUCCAUUUAAUGACCUACAAGGCGAGAUACGUGGGAUGGUUGGCAAAAACAUGCUUAAAACACAACUUCAGUCAGGGAUCAUUGGGAAGCCCUCCAUUGCGGCCAGUGCAAAAGAUACUGGAGCAUUGAGUUUUUCUCCAAGCCAUGAAGACAGGGAAAGACAAGAAAGAAGUUCAGUAAAAUCCAGAGUGACUAGAUGCAGCAACACUAAAUGUGACCGUGGGACUCAAACAGAAAUAAUCGCACCGGCAUCUGCCGCUACCGCUGAACAUGCACAAGUAUCAUGGAAAGCGUGCCGGCAGAUAACCAUGUGAGUACAUGGCUAGUAAUUCCUGUUUUCGAUUGUUUGUUUGUUUUUGUGUUUUGGGUGAUGGCGAUGUUGUUUCAGAGACAACGUCCACUAAACUGGUCUAGUAAAUCUCUUAAGAAGCGUCCCUGCUAAAGAUAGACAUUUGAAUAAGAUUCUGCGCGACAUGGCUUUACAAAAAAAGGCCAUCCUACCUAAGCUGAUAUGGGUGAUGCAAAGUCGUCUCCCCUACUCUUAGCAUUGACCUACAUGUUAUAAUAAUGACGGGUUGAAAUAAAUAUGUAACGUAUGCAACUUCUUCCAGACUAUAGGCCGACUGACCUCUUUAUUUCGUUCGUGAAAGAGAGGUACAAAAGUGAACUUUUUUUUACACUUGUACAUCUUUAGAAUCUGCCAACCUGUAUUCUUGGUUAGUCGUAGACAUACGAUAUGUUGGUGAUCCUUCAUUUGAUUCAUAAGAGAAAAUAUAAUGGACUCUCUAAUUUGUGACAUAGAUUCUAUUGCUAGACAUUUUCAAGGCUUGUCUUUCUUUUCGGAGGCAUUGAGAAUUAGCCCCUACGUACGCUGGCCAGUUACCGUGCAUUUUUCUUCGUUGUUUUUGUCACAUAUGCUACAACCUAAAUGCACUUAAAUUACUUUAUAUGUUUAUGUAAAAGAGACACAAGGAUCCAAUCGCUCUGACAAAUGGCUAACGCUCGAAACGUCAGCCUUUAAACUCUUUACAGUGGCCAAUUUACGUUUUCAACUCAGUUGAUAACACUUACUCACCCUUUGAAAAAUUGCAUUUUUUUACAGGACUCGGCACUCUGUCCAUCACAUACCACUUGCUGAAGCAGAGGAAGCCACUUCAAAAGACGAAAAGACCGACAGGAAUAAUGGAGAAUAAAGAACACAUCAAGAAAUAUCAUUACAUUUAGCAUACAAGGCAACGCAUCCUCUUUCCUUUAAAAUAUUUAAUAGAAUAGCGAGAGCAGAUAUGUUCAGGCGAAACAUGGUUUUUAAUGAUUAACUCUAUUAACGUUUUUGGGGUAUUAUUUGCUCCUAUUGACAUAUAAUACUCGCAUUGAUUAUCGCAUUAGAUGUUUCCUUAAUGAAGGCAUCGUUCCGAUUUACACAAAUCCACACUCUAUAGAAUAAUCAGAUAUGCACGUGAUAAUCCCGUUUGAAAACGGGCUGCACCGGUUUUGAACAAACGUACGUUGUCAUUAUUAGCAGUAUCACAUUAGCAGAGGUAGUACAUAGAGUGGCAAUAUUCAUAAAUAUUGCUAUAAGCUAAUAACAGUGAUACUGAUACAGUUUUGGUUUAAUUCAUUAUUAAACGGGAAUUCUUUAGUUUGUAGACAUGCUUGUUCAGGAGAACAGCAGCAAGACAUGAAAAAUAAAGUACCUCGCUUCGUUCGUGAUUUUAAUAAAGUUUUAGCACAAAUAUUACGUCAUUUGCUUUGGUGCUACGUGUGGAAUCCCCUUGCCCCUUUCGAAAAAACACAUGAUAUGUAACUCAGUUAUCUCAAAUGUAAAUACUUUUGGGGUGGAAAAAAUAACUAGGGAACCUUUAAUUAUCCCCCUGGGGAGGGGAAUUUGAGUGGGGAAUCUGGUGCUGAACUUCUCUGGUUAAGAUGAUUGCUGAUUUCUUGAGUGUAGCAUUUUUCCAUUUAUCGGUUUCAAAAUAAAGGCAAAAACUAGUCUUGAAUUUCCCACCCGUACUGCAAGCUGAGAAAUGAAGAGAAACCAGUUUAAUAUUUGAGUAACAAACAUUUCCUCGUAAACUGAGUUUUAUAUACACUUCACACGCACAAAGAUAUAUUUUGGACUCUUGGGCGUUAGCUUCGCCUGCUAAACUGAUGUGACCGUUCAUAGUCAUUUUCUAGAGCGUUCGUUUGCGCUUAAACGUUCUUUUCGAAAUCCUGCAAGUACGUGCAUCUAUGGUGAAGAUCGACUUCACAGAUAGAUAAAUCCACUAUUUAAAAUCCUUCAAAACGUUGUUUAAAUAAAACAAUUCUUAAUUGAAAUGUUGGGAUUUUACUCAUACCGCAAUUUCAAAAACUGUAAUAAACUGAACCCUUUAAAAAGGAAGCCAUUUCACAGGUCGAUAUUAAACAGUACUUAGAUAACAUAUUAAUUUUCAGAGAGACGGGGCGUAAACGACCUAAUUAACGCCCCAGGCGUCUUUUAAAUAUAGUACGAUAAGAGGAGGAGGGGUGUGGAAUUAUUACCUAACAGGUGUUUUUAUAGGAAGGCAUUUAUUGACGUUUAACAUUGAAAUUCAACUGUAAUAACAGUAUAUUACGUGCAACUAUAAAAUUACAAGAAAAAAGGGGAAUAUAAAACCGUCAGUUUUCAAUUUCAAUGCCCCUGGGGUUCGUUGCACUCAUUAGCCUCAUCAAUGUCCGAAUCUCUGUAGAACGUCAUCCUUGCUACUCUGCUGCAUAUCAAUAGUGAGAGGUAUUUCGAAAACAUUUAAAAUUUCUAUGGGGCAUUAAUUAGAUAUAAAUUCGAGGGAAGGUGUUCAUUAAUUUCGGCUAUUAAAACAACCUGUGGGUGAUGUGAGGACAGCCCCGGUUGUUUUGAAGGUGAAUGCAAUGCACUUCACAUGCAUGCAGCUAAAAAAGAGAAUGCUAUCAUUUUAAACUGAUGUUACGCCGUUAUUUGAACCAAAUGGUAUGAGUAACAAAAGAAUAUGAUAGAACCAAGCGUUAUUACACACGGAAAGCUGGAAAAGGUGUGAUUGGUGUAUUAAAAGACAACACCACAAGAGGCAAGCCCCUCGUUCCGUGAACUGUGUUCCUCAGAUGCGGCGCGCCGCCAGAUCUCCAGUGGUGAAGACUCUAAUGAAGACACUGUGGACGUGACGCUGAUGGAGGCACUUGCCCAAUGUUACCAGGCUUCCGACACUUGGCAGAAGCGUCGCCAAAUACUUUCCAUCAUGGCGGAUAAGGUGCGCUUUAUCAAACUCCUUCGUUAUAUUCCUUGUCUGACCAACUAUCGAUUUACGGACGCCAAACGCCAUUGCCUUACCUAUGGAAGAGGUGGACCAGUAAAGUCCUUACGAGCGUUCAGGAGAGACAUCGCUUCUUCGCAAAUAAAGCGUUUCAUCGCCUUCAUAACAAGCUCGCACAUUGUACAAGAUUUGCCAUUCGGAGAAAGAUCCGUAACGCUUAGCAACAAAGAAACUAUAAAGAUACCAAACGUGAUGAUUCCUGAAAGAGUGGUCAAACAAUAUUUGGCCGACUGUGACAGGAUGAGUUUCAAGCCCUUGAGCCGAAGUACGCUUCUACGUAUCCUUGCUGUUUUAGCCCGCCUCUCUUUGAAAGUCACUUCAAGGCUUAGAUUACGUUAGUUCUGCAGGAUCGCAGGCAUUUGAAGACUUAUCCGACGUCGCAGAAAGACUUGGAGACGCGAGAAAAGACAUGAUGGGCUGGACGAAAGAUAUACAGAGCCGCCUUCGACUUGGAAAGUGUUACCUCAAAAGAGAUUACAAGGCAAAGGUUUUUCAUAUUCAUUAUGUAACGUUCUCAAACACGUUAACAGUUCUAAGAGCGGAAUACACGUUUGUAGAAGGUGGUUCUCUACCGAAUAAGCUCAUGCACCCGUGUGAACGAAAAUACCCUUUUACGAGAGAGGCAAGCUUCAAUCUGAGCAUGUGGUCUGGUCAACUGUCGUGUGUAAUUUGUUUUGCGUGUAUUAUAAGUGCACGCGUGUUAGGGUUCUACUGUGGCCGAUCACUGCAAAUUGUUUGCGUUGAGCGACCCAAAGGAGCUUGCCUUUCAAGCUCAGUGCGGCCAUCAUCAUGACGACACCUGCGAUCGCAACGACCAGCUAAUGUCAUCUCUCAGCGAAAUAGAAUCAGCAAUGAUCGCCCAGACAUAUAACCUGCUACCCGAAGUCAAGGAAGAACUUUCGUUUAUUGUAAAGCAAGCUAUAACAAACUGGAAGGCUCACAUAGUACGCUCCUCAAAUCAAGAUGCUGCGAGGAUCGAUAUCCUCGAGUCAUUAGAGGAGUCAUCAGUGCUACUUAUACUGGGCUAUGAAAUAUUUGCCGAGAAAAUACCGAGAAAGCCAAACUGGUUGGUUUGGCAAACGUGGCAUUACAUGGCACACCAGCGUAGCCUUCAGAAAGGUUAGCGAACGUCUUCCAGAGGUGCACUCAAGACAGCUGUGCGGUCCUCGCUAUCGGACGUUAUUAAACAACUCAAGACCAUCAUGCCAGAUCUGGAGACAGUCAGUUAUAGCCAAGACAACGCUGGCCGCUACCAUAGCGGGUCUACCACAGUCUGCGCAAACGUGAUAGGAAAAGAGUUGGGCGUAGCGAUCAAACGAUUGGAUUUUUCAGAUACCCAGUUUGGAAAAGGAGCUAGUGAUCGUAAGGCAGCCUUAAUAAAGUCACACAUGCACAUUCACUUAAACUCUGGCAACGAUAUCGAGAAGCUCGCGCAGAUGGUUGAGGCUAUUCUUUCUUCCGGUGGAGUGGCAUCCGUAAGUGUCACCCGCUGCGAGUCUAUGACAAACCCUCCGAUGGUCACUUGCAAAAUUGAUGGUGUGAGUAAACUCUCAAAUACAGAGCUCACUAUAGAGGGAAUCCGUGUAUGGAGAGCAUACGGCGUGGGACCUGGGAAACUGAUAUCUGCUCCGAAGGCUGAGAUCCCAUCACCAGAUACUCUGCCGUCAAUGGUAGUAUACUCCUGUCGCACCCAAGCUCUUUCUCCUCCGUCGUGAAAGGGCGGACUACCACAACACAUCCAAGUGAAACCCAUGCCACCAGAGACCAGACGGAAACCGACGAGGAGCCUGCAACAGCAAACGAGGUACUGUUUACAUGCCCAGAAGAAGGAUGUAGUAAGUCAUUCCUGAGGCACUCCUCCAUGAUGUAACACUUAGACUGUGGAAAACACCAACUUGCGCUAGAGCAUGAGACGCUUUUUGACAAAGCUGCAUUAGAGUAUGCAGAGCACCUGGAGGGACAGCCAACGCUGGUACCGGUAGUCGGAACAGUCAGCUCGCCCGUAAGUGACAAAAACAGAAGGUGAUGGGCUAAGCACUUAAGUCAGAUGAGUCACGAAGAACCAGGUUCACCCGAAACCAGAAGUCCUAUCAGACUGCAAAGUUUAGAAUUGGAGAGGAGAAGUAAGGCAGAUCCAGCAGCGGUUGCACGAUCAAUGAUGUGUGCCAAGGAUUCGACUGUCAACGUGUUGUUUAAGAGUAACGAAUUCCUGACCGCUAACCAAAUAGUAGGUUUUUUUUUCACGUCUGGCCUCGAAGAAAACCCUUGUGGAUGAUGAGCAGCAAGGCGAUAUCGAAGUCGUUACACUUGAGGCUGGUUUGGACGAGAUUGUCGGUGAGGCUGUCCGUGAGCUAACACCUAAACACCCAAUUGUUUACGAUGCCUACAAUUCGUGUGAGCUGGCGUCCCAGAAGAAGAUGAGUGACUUUUCCAUUGCUGUAUUAAAGGACAUUUGGAAUUCUUUUGACGUUGACCUUUCAGAUGUAACAGUUGGGCGCGACAAGCCCUACAUUGAAAAGCUGCAGUCGCUUUGCGAGGAAUGUGCAUGUCAGCGUUGAGGGACGAGUGGCUAAGCCAAUGUUAAUUAACUGUUCUAACAGAACUUUCAUUUAGUCAUACUGUAAAGUUCGUCGGAAGCAUGGGGAAAAAUCUUUGUCGCCGUCCUGUAUACCCUCUAGGAUUGUUAAUGACGACGACUGAUUAUAAUGAAGUGUGUUAAUGAAAUGUGCUUCUGAGAUGGAAAAAAAAUGUUACUCUUGUUCUCACUCGAUUCCGAUUUUGUUCCAAUAGCUGUCUCUGAAGUCUGUUAAGGUGAGAUACGUGUCGCUAAUAUUGGAACCAUUUAUGUACUGAUGUCGCAUCCUCGUUCCCAGGGUUUCUCUUCUUUCCACCCAAUCUGAGAACUAGGUUGUCCAUGUAAUGAAAUGGUCGCUAUCGUUUUUCCUAAAUGUCAUCAAUUUGUUCGUUUCCUUGAAAGCCCUCUAAAAUAGUUUAGCUAAUGGCCCACAACACAUAAUUAGUAAUUUAAUGUUCUGUUUCCUUUUUUAGCUGCUUCUCGUUCCUCAUGCAGUUAAAAACUCGGGGUCUAACAAUCGCGUAAUCACACUUUUUUCUAUACGCUUUUGUAGUUCGAUUGUGAAACGCCGCUUCCAUGAAAAAGAAGAAAGAAAAAUACACGAGUAUAAGAGGUCGCAGUGUUCACAUUUGGGAAAACGUGUGUCGCUGUCUCAGUUUUCCAUGCUUCUCAAAAGCAUGAAAAAGUUCCCUGUGGACUCACUUGCUGACUGCUGUACAUUCCCAUUGCGUGUACUGAUAAUUUGGAAGUAUAUCUACAUAAUGGGACGUUAGAUUUCGUCUAUUUGUGUGGCUUCUUGGUAUUUUGUUCUGCUUCUAAAAGAUCAUGACGUCCAGUGGCAAAUUGAACUGCGUCACCUUUGCGUGACUUAACAGAUACGAUCACGAUUGCAUAAGAGAUUUCGGCAAAAAUGGUGUUAGAAUGCUGUAAAGAGCAUUUUAGGAGAAACUGCUUUGAAACUCGAAGCAAAACAAAUUAUUUUGAUCUGUAAAGGCUCUUAUAGGUUAGUUGUAGAAAAAAUAAGCUGGGAAAAUUGAACAACCUCAUGUAAGUUGAUCCGGCUCAGGGUGACACUAAUUUUAAAUUGUCUACCCGAAAUAGCUAAUCUAUUAGCGAUAAAAUACUCACGGAAAUUACUGACGACCACAUCGAUUAAUUAGAAUGUAAAAAUUGUAUAAUCGUUUGCUUACGGGUGUGGAGAAUGUGCUAUUUGUUGACUUCCGGUUGACAUGCUCUUGUUGUGAUAACCGCUAUUUUAAGAGGCUUCCUACUCGGCGCUGGUAAAAAGCCCGAAACUAGUUUUUUCACUCCAUUUUAGACCAGUAUUUGUUCUCAUAGGAAUACCAAUUUCAAGUUAUUCGAUGUUUUACCGGGUACAAAAAAUGUCCCUUAAAAAAACACGCUAAAUUACAAAUUAUUCGAAAGUGAAUUGUGGUUAAUUUCAUCGGCUUACCUUUAGAUUUUAUUCACUGGAGUAAGAUUUAAGUCAAGUUGCAAAGACUUCAAUAGCAAUGUUGAAAGCACGAAGCGUUUCUUUCUAUGAUGCGAAUGCAAGAGGGCGAAUUUUAUGGGAAGGUACCAAUCACGUAUUUUUCGGAUGCCUUUCAGGAUAUUUUGGCUUGUGACGGUCUUUUUAUUUUAUUUUAUGGAGGUUUAAAAGGAUAUUACUUGAAAAAAAUCCUAUAACGUUUUUUAAGCCACUAUAGGGCAUCUUCAGAGAAAAUAUGAAAAAUCUUGAUUUUUCUAGAUGUGUCACGAAUUUUCAUUUUCGCUUGGUCUUAGUGGACAUUUUCUCUAAAUACUUCCAGUCUACCUUCAUUAUGAAGUUUCUCUUCUGUCUGCACACCGCGGCCAUUGCUAUCGUUAUUGUGGUGUGUAAAUUGGAAUGUGAAGUUAUCACAUAUGUCAUCCCCAGUCACGGCGCUGACUUGAGUUUCGUUGAGAAAAUUUUUUGGAGGAAAUAAGAUCAAAAGCCUGAAAAUAUUCCUUUAUUUGGAUAACUAUGAGCAAAAAGGUGUGAAAGUAGAAGCUUUAGAAGCUUAGAAGCUUUUUGACAGACACUCUCCAAAACUUUACUAAAGAGUUAUAAUCAGAAGUUACGACCAACUAGGAAAGACGGCUUUGCAAUCAAGCGGACUGGGCUCCUUCGGAAGAAUAUGAUUAAAUCUAUAUUAUUAUCCUUAUUGUUAUCAUUACUGUUCCAAGUUCCAAGUUCCAAGCUCACACUCGGUCCACGCCACCAUUCUUGUUUGAUCUUAACCAUUAAAUAAAUCAAUUCACAAUAGAAUUAGCUCUCCUUCGGUGAGAAUACUCUCUAAAAUUAUUCCCAGAUGUCCACCUACUAAAGAUUUAAUUUUAACCGUGAUCAGUGAAGUUUUUGUACUCUAUUUCGUUACGAUGUUUUGUCAGCAAUUGGAAUCACACAAUCGAUAUUUGAGCGUUUUUUGAUCAAGUGACGUAAGACCAAGAGUAAAGUAAUUUCCCAAAUGGAACAAAGUAACCAUAAAAGGUUUAUGAGAGCUGAAAGUAAACGCCACGAUUAGAGACUUGAAAACACGGAUAAUCAAGUCGCGAUUUGAGUUGAGUACUUUCUCUGAUCUGAUUAGUCGAUUGAUUGGCAAUUGCUUGCGAGUAGGCCGUCAACAUCAGCACUUCUGUACGGGCGUUUAUUUACCCACGACAAAGUAAGUAUCAGGCCGUGAGAAAAAACAAAACAAAACAAAACCGUCGAGGCAAGGGGUCUAAGCUCAUUAUUAGUGCCACACCCUCCCUGCAAACAUUCCCCCAGGCUCGUCACAAAUCUUCUUGUGGGCGGAGAAACGCACGUGCCGCAGGGCCAAUAAUGAUCGAGGGCCCGCUCGCCUGCAGCUGCUCGUAGUAUCCGCACAAGUUUAUAAACCAAUCGCGGAGUGCAAUGAAGCAAAAUAAAUCCACCACAGGUAAUUAAGCUCAGGCACUCAUUUGGAGAUUACUGUGAGUUAGAUCAUGUGAUUUUGUCACGACCCUUUCUCUCGAGAAAAAUAAUCUAAGGGAUCUGUCUCACUCGAAUGGAGAAUUGAUUGAGAGGUUAAGUCUAAAAAGUUACAUGGAUUGGUUCCCUGCGAAUUUGAACGAAGCCUCUUAACUGGGGUGGAAAAUUACUAAAAAAAAUCCAGUAAACAAGUAAAGACCAGGAUGUACAGUUAGAUAUCAAAUCUUUGACAAAAUGUUUGAGACAACCUCAAAUUUCGUUUAAUUUCUUACAUCCCAGUUAAUUGACUCUUUGAUUCCACUUCUUCCUUACAAUAUAGAUUGUUUAACAGAUAAAGUAGCAUGUAUAUUUUGAACAUAGAAGAUGGAAAUACAAGCUCUAAACACCUCUUCAGUUCUAACCGAGUUCGUAACUAACAGUACAGCCCGAAAAAAACGAGUUACUGAGAUAUUUGUUAAAUUUUCGGGUUCAAAUAGAUGAAGAAGAUUUAAACUUAAACAAAGUUUUGAAUUUAGCGAGGCGUACAGUGAGGUAUGACCCGCUUAAUUGACCGAUCAUAGCACACGUAUUAAUUGAGAUAUGAUAAAAAUUGAGCAUUGAUCUGAAUCUAGUUAUGUCAUGCAAGAUGCCCCUCAGAUUCCUGUCAAGGAAUUUACCUAUACUCCUUUCAAGGGAAAUAAUAAAAUCAUAUCUCAAUCAAUCGAACGUUUUUUUCUGGCUUAUAGCAAUCGUCGCCGUUAGGAAACAGCUUAAUAUUUGGAUCCUCUAGUUGAAGGGUGCUUUCAACAUAUGCGACGUUUUGUUCGGACAUCAUAAAUUCAUUUAAGAGCUGUUGAUUUAAAGAAUUAUCACCCAUUACACCAAACACUCCCACGACUUUAUUCUUUUUUAAGUUCAAACAACAGCCCACCGUCCACAUUGAGUUUGGAAUUGCGAUCUUUGGUCCGAGAUUCUUGUUUACAUCCACGUUGUUAUGGAACCACUGCAGAGGCUCCAUCCCUUUGGCUGCUUUUAUUUUACCUUGACGAUCACGUUUCCGGAGAAACUUAACCUUCGAUGUGCCAGUGAUUAGGAAAAGGGUUUCGCCGUUCCGAGAACAAUUUUUCCGGGCGUAUUUCUCUAUUCUCAGUUCGUACCUUUUCCACUGACCUCUGUUGAAAUUUGCAAUUUGCGGCACGCAGUUGGUGUAGGUAAAUGUGGCAAGGGCACUUUCAAGGCUGUAACGUAAGAUUUUAACGGGAACUAGGAGGCCUCUCUCGUAUCUAUCUUGGAAAGGUUGGUUCUGAUACAAUUCUUUGCUUCCCUGACGAAUUCCUGAUCAUGAAAGAGUUUUAAAGUACACUGAUGUCAGUCACAAGCUAAGAAAUUUCGUUCUCGAUUGAUCCGCUAGGUAAAUAAAGUUGUCACCCUCCCAAUCACGGUUGCGAAAUGUUAAAUAGAAUUAUCUCAGAUUAGUCCAGGAAAUGAUUUGCUUAAAAUUAUUUAACCAUCAUGCACGACUUUUCCCACAAGUUUCUCCUCUUUCCAUCCGUAUUUUUGCCCCAUUGUACCUCCAGUGUAAUACCGUCGUAUGUUUUGCGUUUACCGUUGCCCUAAUGUACGUGGUAAAAUCUAUCUAACUACUCACCCAUCUAUUCACCUAUCUAUCUAUAUAUAAAAACACAUUCAUGUAUAUAUAUGUAUAUACACCUGUAUUCAAAAACGUUGCAAUUUGAAAAAAAAAUUAAAUGCAAUAAAAUCUUUUGUUUAAUUUCUCAUCAAAAAGUGUCUCCUUUUGAUGAGAAAACGAAAUACUCGUAUAACCUCAUCUCAGCAUCUUAUCGAUUGCAUAGGGAAUGCGUGAAAGACUAAAAGACCAGAACCAGGGUGGUUCUGAUGCAAUGCUUUACUUCCUUGAUGAAUCCCUGAACAUGAGACAGGUUUAAAGUACACUGAUGUCACUCACUAGUCAAGAAAUUUUGCUCCCGAUUGAUCCGCUAGGUAAAUAAAGUUCUUACCCUUCCGAUCACAGUCACGAGAUGUUAAAGUGAAAGAUCUCAGAUAAGUGAAAGUAAUGAUUUGCUCAACAUGAUUAAAAAAUCGAUCAUGCAUGACAUUUCCCACAAGUUUCUGCUCUUUCCAUUCGUAUUUUUGCCCUAUUGUACCUGCAGUGUAACUCCGUCGCAUUUUUUGCGUGUACCGUUGUCCUAAUGUGGUAAAAUGGCGUGAUAGUGUAAUGACGCAUUAUGUAAAUCUAUAUCUACCUAAUAUCUUUCUUUCUAUGAAUGUAUGUAUGUAUGUAUCUACCUAUCUACCUAUCUACCUAUCUAUCUAUCUAUCUAUCUAUCUAUCUAUCUAUAUAUAUAUAUAUAUAAUGGAAGUCUGUGUAUUGUUUUAUCCGUUUUACAGUGCUCGAUACAUAGGAGUAGAUGUAUGUUGCGAUAGGGGGAAAAACAGAGAGACUAUUAUUUCAUCCCCACAAGCCUAUUUCGUGAUUGCUCAGUCAUCACGAAGCAGGCUUUCCCCCCCCAUCGCAACAUAUCAACAUAUAUUUUCUAGCGUUUGAGAUUUAAGUUUACGAAACACUCGGCCUCAUCUCAACAACUUAUCGAUCACUUAAGAAGUGCGUGAAAGGCGAAAACAGCACGAACGAAACAAUUAAAGUAGACUUCGUGACCGAAGCAAAACCUGGUACACUUAGGCACUCAGGAGCUUUUUUCUUGAAAAGUUAGUCCCAAAAGGCGAAAAAAAGUUUGGUUUGUUAGCGCAGCCACUUCGUUCGCCUGCUGUCCGUAUUUUUGCUUAGUUCCACGGUGUAAUACCGUGGCAUAUCCAGCGCGUUCUUUUGCCCUAAAAUGGCAAAACAUUGUGGCACUGGAAUAAGAAAUGUCUUUUUUCCCCCUAAAUUUCUUUGACACAAAAGUAAAUUAUAAUAGUAACACUAGUUACCUUACCUGGGGUCUGAUUCGGUUGCCAUGGGUCACCUUGAGGUCUUGGUACUUUGGGUUUCAUGGCGUCUUCGGCGGUAAUCUUGUAGAGUGCGUAACGUGCAAUUCCCAAAUUAUUAUCGUGGAGAGUGGCGUAAUACUUGUCUUGGCAGAGGGGACGGGUGACACCUAGCUGCUCUGGAAAGGUUGGUUUACCACCACGCAAUGAGAAUGUGUUAAGAUUGCAUGCUGGUAACAUGCGACGUACUGGUUGUUCACCCAGGUGUUUUCCUUGCUCAUCAUAAUCUUUGACACAAGAAAACGUUGUCUUUUUAUUCAUAUUAUCACACUUUUCUCAAAAUUAUGCUAUAUGCUUGAAACAAAAGAUGUGAAUACCUACAGGAAAUAGAGAAGAGCUUUUAAAGUAUUUUAUUGCACUCGGUCUGCUUCAAUAACCAGUUGAUUUGGACUCUAUUGCUGAUGACCUUUGGAAAUGUUUUGCCCGAGGCAACCUGUUAAAUACCUUUAAGGGAAAUAUCUUUACAAACGUUUUUAGCUUCCUCCCGGGAAAACAUAGCAACCGAACAUCUCCGGCUGACAAAUAGGCCACUAAGUACUAUGUUUCCAUCUAAAAUGUGACGCUUUGGGCCCCCAAAAAUCCUUCUUCCACCCUUCAUUGCCCCCUCCCCCCAUGUGAUAAAUGUUGGUUGCUCCCUGAUGCAGAAUUAAUGAUGCAUUGUUCCGGUCAGGAGAAAUUUGAAAACAUCUUUGAAACACGUUUAAUCGGCCAUGAAGACCAAAAUUGAAAGCUGACCGUAGAGUUUGAGGAAGGAGGCUUUCUUUUUCUUUCAAUUCUUUGGAGGACUGACUUACCGUGUAAACUUCUUUGAAGACUAGCGUAACCUUCCGCAGUUUAGUCAACGUUUAUCUAACUUUCACUAAGUUAUCUACCAUCCUUACAAAAUAAAAUAAAAAAAGAAGAAAACUCGAGACAAAAGUCAAUUUUCAAUUGACCGUUUGCUCGUCCCAUCGAGCGUACGCCAAAUAACUCAGUUUUUCUCUUCCUCUAAAGAUGCAACGAUUUGCUUGUAAUUACUAAAUUACUCUGAAAAAAAGCCUCCGUAAAAUUAAAAUUAAAGUCCAUCAUAAGUUCUUUUGUUCUACUGUAAAUUGUUUUCAGCAAGUAACAGAUACUGUUACAUAGUUCAAAAUUUGUCGAUCAAACAUCAAUAUGUGAAGGUCUACGUUUAGAUCUAUUAUCGGAAUCGAAUUAACAACCCACACAGAAUCCACCGCUUGAAUAGGCUUGCUCUAUAUCUGAAAAAAUGUUAAAGUAACUACCGCCCUUUAAUCUGUGUCUACUGAAGAACUGUAGCGUUUGAAACUGAGAAAAAAAUAUCCGCGUAAAAUAAGUCCUAAGGGUGCCUCAGACAAACUUUGCACGCCCGCUCGCGUUUGAAUUACAGUCCCAGAGUGCUUAUUCGGGAGCAACGCUUAAUCCAAUGAAUACAAUUUGCGUGCGAGAAAGGGAUUCGACAUAUAGGGAACACCUUUUUACUUUUUCCUGAGGUUUUUGUCACAUUCGUUGCAGCCCAUGUAAAAGUGAUAAGCUGAACUGCUACAAGCUACGCCAAGGGUAAAGCGAAACAAGGAAAGUUCAUCUUCACCGUAUUGUCACAAAGGCGUACAACUGUCCAGGCUUAUCUCGACUGCUUAGCUGUUGUGAUCUCUUCACUAUGUUAUGUUCUUAUCGGCUUUUAAGAUUUUGUGAUAGAAGACAGUACAUAAUCUAUGUCGUCACAGUUACCACAGAGGAAUUCACGACAUCUUAAUGGAUCUCAUGGUUGACUUUGUCUCAAUUUUUUUUUGACAUCCAAUGUUGUCAUCGCGUAGAAAAAGUCUUUCUUCAAAGCUAAAAGGACUGCUUGAAACAAGAGAUGUGAAAACAGGUAAUAGAGAAAAGCUUUUAAAGUAUCUUAUGACACUCAGUCUAAUUGUUAGCAAUGACUUAACCCCCUUCCGUUCCACCUGAAAACCAGAUGAUCCCCUAAUAUCUUUCCACCCCAAAAUAUUUUCUUCCUUAUUUUGACUAAGUCCUCUGCCAUCCUCACAAAAACCACCGAGGAAUUCAUGGCAUCUUAAUGGUUCACUUUCUCUCAAUUUUUCUUGAUAUCCCUUGUUGUCAUGGUAAAGCUUAAAGGACUGCUUGAAACAAAAGAUGUGCAUACAGGUACCAGGAAAGAGAUUUUAAGGCAUCUUAUUACACUCAGCUUAAUUGAAUAACCAAUUGACUUCGACUCUGAUGCUAGUGACCUUCGCAUUUUUUGCCUUAGUUAACCUUUAGGUUGAUAAACAUCUUUCGUGAAAAGUUUUAUACAAAGAUGCCUCAUUUUCUUCUAUCUUAAAUUGAAACAGCAAUCUACUUAACUCCUCAAACCCUCAAAAAGUAAUUCCUUUAAACGUGUCACUGAGAUAUUUAAUUUAUUAACAACUGACGAAAAAACGCUACUCGAUUUUGUCAUGAUGGAAAUCUAGGGCUAACAAGAUUCUGUUAACGGUGGUUAUAAAAUUUUAAAGCCUCAUUUGGACGUUUUUUUGGUUGUUAAUGGUUGAAAAGGGAAAUUGGAAUGUUCCUCGGAAGACCUUUCUGAUCAAUUUGAAACGAUUGAAGAAAGUUUUCACGAUGAAAUCUCUUUCAGAUAGAAGCCAAUCGAUAAGAAUCUUGGAUGAAAAACGAUUUUUGCCUAAAGUCCGGUCCUGACUAACACCCCAAGAACUCAGACUCUGUCAUUUUGGUCUUGUCCUCCAGUGAUUGAGAAGCAUACUAUGUUAUCAAAGGACGAAAACUGAAUUAGUUGCAGGCGUAAGCUAAAUGAAAAGUUUGACGAACAGAAUGGCCAGUCUAGGAGUGAUUCUCAAGGUAAAAACAACCAAACUGCCUAAACGUGGGUCACUAAGUUGUGAUUGGUUUCAAUUUUGCAUCUGAUUGGUUGAGAGAGUGACUCGAGCUUUCAUAACCAAUCACAGAACGAAGUAAAGUUAAAUCAAUGCAAUCUUGGAUUACUUUCGACACUCAAUUGAAAAUUUCUCUAAUGAUAAUAAUAAAUGCUUAAAAAAUGAUUAGUGAUAAUGAUAAAAAGCCUAAUUAUGAUCUAAGAUGAAACGAACUCUUCAUACAAAUAAACUUUCCUAACUAACUACAUAGACAUUUACAAUCAUAAAUUUCAACUACAAUCUUCAAAAUAAAUCGAUCCUCUAAAUGGUUCCUAAAUCUAAGUUAAAUUUAAGACAAUUAGGAAAUAAAGAAAGGUGACUUUUUCCGUUUUUCUCUAACAUUCACUACCAAAUAAACUUCCCCUUAAAUGUUAAAGAGAUAAGGCGGAACUACAUUUUCAUUUCCCUGAAUCGGACAAGUCGUUUCUUCCUGAAACUAAAUAGGCGUAUAUUACCUGUUUUAUUUUUUUCCAAUGAUGUGAAAAGUGGAAAAAAAAUGCUUCUUAAAGACAGGCUAGCGCCAUAGGCUGGUCUAAAAAUUAAACAAAUUGUUCUCUCGACUUUUAAAUAUUAUUGGUUACUAGUUACAGUCAAAUGAAGAGCUUGCGCUUUAUUUUUUCUUUUUAAUUUCUUAUGACUAAUUCACAUUGAGGUACCAGCCUGUGAGAAGCAUAAGAUUCGUUUUGUCAAUUUCUAGCUUAAAAUAAACAUUAUGUUCCACUUGCUCUGCACAUCAAUUGAAUACUCACUAAGGUUUACAUUGUUUAGACAAGAAACAGACAUAAUGCAGUCAUAAGAAAUACGAAUAGUCAUUUUGAAAGAUGUCUUUGGACAGAGAAAUAUGAUAUAUGUAAAACUCUAUGGAUGUAUAAAAUUUAGAUUUCCUCACACCCACACCCUGCAAUUUCAUUUGCUUCACUUGAUGCCAUAGAAACGCUGCUCGCCUCUGGGCAAAUGUCAUCGCGAGUGAUCGUGAAGAUUUGGGUUUUUCUCGGUGGGAUCACUGGGGAAAUUCCGUUCACGUUGACGCCAAUUUGAACAAGAACCACUUAUACAAGGCGAAAGCUAAAAUGUCAUCGAAAGCAUCAAAAACUAGAAUAAAGCAAGGAUGAGGAGAGGGAAAAAUGAAGGAAAAAUAAAAAGGUAGAAAGGGGAAGGUAAGACUUUCAGUGAAUCCCCAUUUUGUUAAGCUCACAGUCUAUCUACAUUAUGACGUUUUUCUUCUGUCUGCGCACCGCGGCCAUCGCUACCGUUACUGUGCUGAGUAAAUUGAAAUGAAAAUUUUUUACACAUUUCACCCCAAGUGUCAGUGGUGGCAGAAAUAUGUGAAAGUCGAAGCUCUUUGACAGACAUUCUCGAAAACUUUACUAAAGAGUUAUAACCAGAGGUUACGAGUAACUCGGAAGGACUCUCCCAUAUUCUUCAGGAGCUACGGCCUUGCAAUCAAGCGGACUAGGUCCCUGUGGAAUAAUAGGAUUAAAUCUAUAUUAUAAUCAUUAUUGUUAUUAUUAGCAUUCCAAGUUCCUGUAAAACUAACACUUCAUGCCACAAUCCUUGUUUGAUCUUUUUCUCAACCCUUAAAUAAAUCAACUUGCAAUGGACUUAGCCCUCCUUCAGCGUGGAUACCCUGCGAAAUGAUUCUCAUAUAUCCACCUACUAAAAAUUCAAUUUUUACCGUGAUUCGUUAAGUUUUCGUACUCUAUUUCUUUACGAUGUUGAAUUCGCAAUUGGAAUCACACAAUCGAAUUUGAGCGUUUGGGAUCAAGUGACAUAAGACUAAGACUAAAGUAAUUCCCUAAACGGAACAAAGUAAACAUUACAGGAUGUAAACAUUACAAGGUUUAUGAGACCUGAAAGUAAACGCCACGAUUAGAGACUUGAAAACACGAAUAAUUAAGUCGAGAUUUGAGUUUAGUCCUUCUUCUGAUUGGUUGAUUGAUUGCCAAAAGCUUGCGAGUGGGCCGUCAAUAUCAGCACUUCUGCGCAGGCGUUUCUUUACCCGCGACAAAGUAAGUUUUAGACCGUAAGAAAAAAAAAAAAAAAAAAAGAAAAGGGCGAGGCAAGGGAUCUAGGCUCAUUUUUAGUGCCGCACCCUCCCACUUCAAAUAACAAACACUUCCCCAGGCUCGUCACAAAUUUUCUUGUGAGCAGAGAAACGCACUUGCCGCUGGGCCAUUAAUAAUCGAGGGCCUGCUCGCCUGCUCGUAGGAUACGAUCGCACAAGUUUAUAAACCAAUCGCGGGGUGUAAUUAGGCAAAAGAAAUGUAUCAUGGGUGAUUAAGCUCAGGCACUCAUUUGAAGAUUGCUGUGAGUUAGAUCAUGUGAAUUUGUCACGGCCCACACUCUCGAGUAAAUGAUGUGAAGGAUUUGUCUCAUUCGAAUGGAGAAAUGAUUCACAGGACUAAUCUAGAAAGUUAUAUGGAUUGGUUCCCUGCGAAUUUCAACGAAGCCUCUUAACUGGGGUGGGAAAUUACUUUAAAAAAAUCCAGUUGAGAAGUAAAGACCAGGAUAUACCGUUACAACCUUAAAUUUCGUUUAAUUUCUUAGAUCACAGUUUAUUGAUUCGUUGAUUCCACUUAUUCGUUACAGUAUUAUUGUUUAGCAGAUAAAGUAGCAUGCAUAUUUUGAACAUAAAGGAUGAAAAUACAAGCUCUAAACACCUCUUUCUAACCGAGUUCGUAACUAACAGUACAGCCCGAAAAAAACAAGUAACUAGGAUAUUUAUUAUUUUUCCAGGUUCAAACAGAGGAGGGAGAUUUCAGUUUAAACAAACUUUUUGAAUUUAGCGAGGCGUACAGUAAAAUUCGGCUGAGAUAUGUUAAAACUGUGCAUUGAUCAGAAUCUGGUUAUUUCACCCAAGGUGCCCCUCAGACUCCUUUCAAGAAACACAAUAAAAUCAUCUAUGUAUUUCAUUCAAAUUAACGUUUUUUUGUGGCAAAUAGCAAUCUUUGCCGUUAGGAAACAACUUAAUUGUUGGAUCCUCUAAUUUGAGGGCGCUUUCAACAUAUGCGACGUUUUGUUGGGACAUCAUAAAUUUAUUUAAGGGCUUUUUGUCUAAAGAAUUAUCACCCAUUACACCAAACGCUCCCACGACUUGAUUGGUAUUCAAGUUCAAGCAACAGCCCACCGUCCACAUUGAGUUUGGAAUUUCGAUCUUUUGUUGUGCAUCCACUUUGCCAUGGAACAACUCCAUUUUAUCCACCGACUUAUCCACCUCGGUUAUUUCGCCUUGAAGAUUAAGUUUCUCAUCAAAUUUAACCUGUGAUGUUCCAGUGAUCAGGUAAAGAGUUCCGCCUAUUGGAGCACAAUAGUCCUGAGCAUAUUUCCCUAUUUUUAGUUCGUACUUUUUCCACUGACCUGUGUUGAAAUUCCCAAUUUGCGGCACGCAGUUGGUGUAGGUGAAAGUGGCACGAACACUUUCAUCGCUGUAACGUAAGAUGUUAACAGGAACGAGGUGACCUUUGUGGUAUCUACCCGGAAAAGGUUGGUUUUGAUACAAUGCACUGCUUCCUUGACGAAUCCCUGAUCAUGAGAGAGUUUUAAAGUACGCUGAUGUCAGUCACAAGCCAAGAAAUUUUGUUCUCUAUCGAUCCGCUAGGUAAAUAAAGUUUUCACCCUCCCAAUCACGGUUGCAAAAUGUUAAAGCCAAGGAAAUUGUUUGCUUAAAAUGAUUUACCCAUCAUUCACGACUCUUCUCACAGGUCUCUCCUCUUUCCAUUUGUAUUUUUGCUCCAUUGUACCUGCAGUGUAAUACCGUCGCAUGUUUUGCGUGCACCGUACGCGUUGCCUUAAUGUGGUAAAAUGGCGUUAUGAUGCAUAAUGUAAAUGUAUAUCAUAUCUACCUAAUAUCUAUCCAUCCAUCUAUAUAUAAGAACACGUACACGUAUACAUAUGUAUAUACACCCGUUUUCGAGUGUUUUAACUUUAAGUUCACGAAAUACUCGCAUAACCCUCCUCUCAGCAUCUUAUCGAUCGCAUUAGGAGUGCGUGAAAGACAAAAACAACACGACGAACAGACGUUGUAGUAGUGGAAUGACAAACGAAUUAAUUUUUUUCCUAAAUUUCUUCAUUAAAAAAGUAAAUUUAAACAGUAACACUGAUUAACUUACCUGGCGUCUUAUCCAGUUGCCAUGGGUCAUUAGGUCUUGGUACUGGGUUUGUCUUGGCUUUCAAGGCUUGUGCGGCGGUAAUCUUGUAGAGUGUGUACCGUGCAAUUCCCCAAUUAUUAUUAUAGAAAAUGGCAUAUUGAUUGUCUGGGCAGAGGGGAAGGGUGACACCUGGCUGCUCUGGAAAGGUUGGUUUUUUAUCACCCAAUGAGAAGGAGUCAAGAUCGCACGCUGGUACUACGCGACGUACUGGUUGUUCACCCAGGUGUUCUCCUUGCUCAUCGUAAUCUUUGACGCAAGAAAAAGUUGCCUUUUUAUUCAUAUUAUCAAAUGUUCCUCAAAAUUAUGCUAUAUUUCAUAAAUCUUAUCCUUUAUAGAGAUUAUUCAUUCGAAAGAAGAUGACGACUACCUCCACAGGGGUUCGUGUGUUAUUCUUCCAUUCGAUUCUCACUCUAGGGUAAUGAUAAAAGUUAAUAUUUCAAUCGUUGAUAAAUCAGCUUUUUUUAAUUGUUUUGCUGAACAAAAUUAGAGCUCGAGUGAGAAUAUCUGUCUUUCUGUAAAACGUUCUUUAAAGAAAUGCAGUUUAGGACCAUAUGUAAUUUUCAUUUUAAAUGUUUCCGAAAAAAAGCUUUUUAAAAUUGUUUUGCUGAACAAAAUUAGACCUCGAGUAGGAAUGUCUGUCUUUCCGUAAAACAUUCUUCAAAGAAAUGCAGUUUAGGAUUAUUUGUAAUUUUCAUGUUAGCCCUAUGAGCUCUACAACAAUUAAAUUUUCGUAUACAAAUCAAUGAACCAGUCAUUUGUCUUUUAUCGCCUGGGAAAAAAAGGGGGGGGUGAGGGGAUGGGAGGGGGGUUGUUGUAGUAUUCUAAUGAUCCCCACUCAUCUACAAUCAAUUUCCUAUAGUUUUCCUUUUAUACUCUGUAAAACAACGACCGAUCCCCAUUUCGUUCUCUUGAAAACCAUAUGAACCCCCCUAAAAAAUACUUUGGCCCCCUAAAAUCCUCCUUCCAUUCCCCCCUCUCCCCCCAUGUGAUAAAUGUUGGUUGCUUCCUAAUGCAGAAUUAAUGGCGUAUUGUUCCGGUUAGGAGAAAUUUGAAAAAAUCUUUGAAACAUAUUUCAUCAGCCAUGAUGACCAAAAUUGAAAACUGACCGUAGAGUUUGAGGAAGGAAGCUCUCUAUUUCUUUGAAUUCUUUGGAGGACUGACUUGCCGUGUAAACUUCUUUGAAGACUAGCGUAACCUAGCGCAGUAUAGCCAACGUUUAUCUAACCUUCGCUAGGUCAUCUGCCAUCCUCACAAAGUUAAAAAAAGAAAAGAGACGAAAACUCGAAACGAAAGUCAAUUUUCAAUUAGUCGCUUGAUCGGCCCAUCGAGCGUACACCAAACAUCUCAGUUUUCUUUUUGUACUAAAGAUGCAACGAUUUGCUCGCUAAACUUCUCUAGGAAAAAACUUCCGUGAGAUAAAAAUUAAAGUCCAUCACAAUUUCUUUUGUGCUACUGUAAAUUGUUUUCAGCAGGUAACAAAUAGUGUAUCUCAAAGUUUAAUUUUUUCUAGAAGUACAUAGUUCAAAAUUUGUCGAUCAAACAUCCAUAUGUGAAGGUUUAUGUUUAGAUCUACUAUCGGAAUCGUUGUUUGCAAAAAUUUAAAAGUAACUACCGCUCUUAAAGGUGUGUCUACUGAAGAACUCUAGCGUUUGAGACUGAAAAAAAAAUUUCCGCCGUAAAAUAAGUUUCAAGGGUGCCUUAGACAAACUUUGCACGCCCGCUCGCGUUUGAGUUACAGUUUCAGAUGGCUUAUGCAGGAGCAACGCUUAAUCCAACGAAUACAGUAUGCGUGUGCUGAAGAGAUUCGAAAUAAAAGGAACACUUUUUUACCUUUUCCUGAGGUUUUUGUCACAUUCGUUGCAGCCCAUGUUAAAGUGGUUAGCUCAACUGCUACAAGCAACGCCAAGGGGAAAGCGAAACCAAGAAAGUUCAUCUUCACCGUAUCGUCACAAAGAGGUACAACGGUUUAGGGUUAUCUUGACUGCUUAGCUGUGUGAUCUCUUCACUGUUGUGUUCUUAUAAGCUUUUAAGAUUUUUGUGACGGAAUACAUUACAUAAUUUAUCUCGUCACAAUUACCACAUAAGAAUUCAUGGCAUCUUAAUGGAUCUCAUGGUUCACUUUGGUUCAAUUUUUUUUUUGACAUCCAAUGUUGUCAUCGUGUAGAAAAAACCUUUCUUCAAAGCUAAAAGGGCUGCUUGAAACAAAAGAUGUGAAUACCUACAGGAAAUAGAGAAGAACUUUUAAAGUAUCUUAUGACACCCAGUCUGAUUGAAUAAGCAGUUGAUUUCGAAUCUACUGCUGUUGACCUCAGAAAUUUUUUGCCCAAGUCAACCUGUAAGUCAAUAGAUACCUUUAAGAGAAAUAUUUUUACAAAUGUUUUGACUUCUUCUCGGAAAAAAACUAGCAACCGAACAUUUUCAGCUGACAAAUAGGCCACUAAUUAAUAUGUCUUUAUCCGAAAUAUGAAGCUCUUGGACCCCAUAUCCUCACUCCAACUACUUGCAAAAACUCUUACAUAUUUAAAAUAUAUCAAAGUUCACACGGUAACCAGGUGGACAAUGAGACAUGGUUUGAUGCUACUCUGGUUUGCAGAUUUAAUGAAUGUAACCGAAGAAGUUUCAAUUCAUAGACCCAAUGUUUCGACACUCCUGUCUAGUGCCUUCAUCAGGGGUGAUCUAAACGCUGCAACAAGAGGUCCUUUUAGAUGAUCACUAAUUAGCGGUCUUUUUUCUGACGAGGUGUAAAUGGGCGUCAGGAAGCAAACCGCCAUUGUCACGAUUUAAAUGAGCGUGGGCGGAGUUAAUGCCAAGCCUCCAAACAAAGGCGCUGGUGGUAACACCGGUUAGCGGUGAUAAUUUUAGAAUUAUCCCACCCAAUUGUUUGGUUGGUUAGACAUGUGUACUCUGAUAAAGCAGAAUUUUCCUUUUUGCAAAAGAAAACCGCUUUUUGAUGCUCUUUUAAACGUGUACCAAACUGACGUUUGGUCUGUCCGAUGUAUUCGUGGUCACAGUCAUUGCAUGGAAUAGAAUAAAUAGCGUCGGUUCGUUGUUCUUUCGUGACAGGAUCCUUAGGUUUGGCUAAAAUAUGCCCCAAAGUCUGAAAAGGUUUUUGCGCAACUUUAACGUUGUGGCUAUUUAAAAUUCUCUUGAUGGGUUCGGUAACACCUUGAAUGUAAGGAAUAACAGGAAAACCAGUAGCUGGUUCCCUUUCAUCAAGAGCGUUACUAGUUGUAACUGGUUUUUGGCAGUCACGGAAAAAGGUUUUUGUAUAGCCAUUUGCCUUUAGGACAUUAGAAACAUAUUUUCUCUCCUCAGCCUUCGAAUCAAGUGAAGAUGGUAGACAGUCAGCCCUCCUAAGUAAAGUUUUGGCUACAGACUUUUUAUGGCAAAUAGCGUGGUGAGAAUCGAAAGCGAGGUAUUUGUCGGUGUGAGAAGGUUUACGGUAGACACUUGUCUCUAAAUUACCCUGAACCCCUCUGGACACAUUUAAAUCAAGAAAAGGCAAAUGUCUAUCCUUUUCACUCUCAAGGGUGAAUUGGAUCGAAGGCUCUACUGAAUUCAAAUGCGACAGCAGGUACUCCGCUUCAUUUCCGGAUACCGCAGAUAUAACAUCAUCGACAUAUCGUUUCCAGAAAAAGGGUUUAACCGGUGAAGUGGCUUAGGCCCUUUGUUCCACGUCUUCCAUUACCAUGUUAGCAAUGACAGCAGAGACAGGCGAACCCAUCGCUGUACCAAAAACUUGUUGAUAGUGGGUGCCGUUAUAUGUACAUUGCGUGGUUUUGAGGCAAAAAGUCAGCAGAGGAAUAAUAUCCUCCACAGGCAAAGAAGUUCUUAGUCCUAGGGAGGCAUCUUCUCUGAGUCUCUCCUCCGCAACCUUAACGGCAGGUUCAACUGGGAUUUUAGUGAAGAGCGAAACAACGUCGAAAGGUACUAGUUCUUCACAAGCGUUGAGAGUUUUAUCUCUUAUAAAAUCCGCAAAUUCGCAGGAAUUUUUGACAGUGUAAUCAGUAUUCCCAACAACAGGCGACAAAAUUCUCGUAAGAUAACCACAAAAGAGACAAUGGGUCUCAAAGGAAUUCCCGGUUUAUGAAUUUUAGAUAAGCCAUAAAAACGUGGACAUAAGCCGUCACUACUGCAGAACAUUUUGUACGUAGAGUCACUAAUUUUACCAGCUUUUUUCAAAUCAAGCAACAUUUUGUUUAACUUUCUUUGAGUUUUACUGGUAGGAUCAGAGGUUAAGACAGCAUACGUACUCUUGUCAUUAAGCAGAGACAAAGCUUUGUCGUGAUAUUGCUGUUUGUCCAUAACCACAACACAAUUACCCUUGUCAGCAGAUAAUACGAGCCUGUCCGGAUCCUUUUUUAAGAGCUAUAAGCGCAUUGAAAACAUCCUUUUGUAUGUUUUUUGGGAGGAGGUUUAGCUCGUAUGAGUAUGCUGCUUACUUCUGCUAUUACCAAAUGCCUAUGGUCGUCGUUGAGUUGAGAGAUACUCUCCUCAACAGCGGCGACAAUUUCGGCAGUCGGUAUUUUGCGAGGAGCAAUAGCAAACUUCAGACCCUUCUCUAAACCACUCCGUUCCGACGCGGAUAACUCCUUGGAGGAAUGGUUCAUGACCCAUUUUUCUUUCAGAGAUGAGCCGGAAUUAACAGGAGACCUCUUACUGAGCAAAUGACGGAAUUUUCUGUCGUGAUUCUCUCUCUGUUUGGUAAACGUCUGUAGUUCUUUCGAACUGCAGAACUCCUCCACCUAAGAAGUUUCGGAGUUGUUAAUCAAAGCAGAGAGUUCACUGAGUGAACGAGAGAAUAACGCACGCAAACGCAGUAUGAAACUUUGACAUUCAUCUAUUCGUAGCUUAAGAAAAGAAAAACCAGCACGGACCAUGAGCUUGUAUCCUCUGGCACUCCGUAAAGGAGGCCGAAAUCUCAAACUCGAUGGAAGGACAUAGUUUUCUUUACAACGGUGCUUGAAAUACAAAUGACAGCGAUACUUAGUAAUGCGAACUCUGAUGUUCGCGAGCCGGUUGACCUUUGUAACAACAGUAUGACCGUACUUUUCUCGCAAAUGAAAUAUAUUAAAGUUCACACGGCAACCAGGUGGACAAUUAGACCUGGUUUGAUGCUACUCCGGUUUGCAGAUUUAAUGAAUGUAACCGAAGAAGUUUCAAUUCAUAGACCCAAUGUUUCGACACUCCUGUCUAGUGCUUUCAUCAGGGGUGAUCUAAACGCUGCAACAAGAGGUCCUUUUAGAUGAUCACUAAUUAGCGGUCUUUUUUCUGACGAGGUGUAAAUAGGCGUCAGGAAGCAAACCGCCAUCGUCACGAUUUAAAGGAGCGUGGGCGGAGUUAAUGCCAAGCCUCCAAACAAAGGUGCUGGUGGUAACACCGGUUAGUGGUGAUAAUUUUAGAAUUAUCCCACCCAAUUGUAUGUUAGAGCGUUACUAGUUGUAACUGGUUUUUGGCAGUCACGGAAAAAGGUUUUUGUAUAGCCAUUUGCCUUUAGUGAGUGGGAUAAUUCUAAAAUUCUUUGACCCCAAAAUCUUUUCGUCCUAAUCUUGACUAAGUCAGCUGCCAUCCACACAUAAACCACUUAGGAAUUUAUGGCAUCUUAAUGGAUCUCAUGAUUCACUUUCUCUCAAUUUUUCUUGAUAUCCCGUGCUGUCAUGGUAAGGCGAAAAUGGACUGCUUGAAACAAAAGAUAUGCCUACAGGCAACAGGGAAGAGAUUGUAAGGCAUCUUAUAACACCCAGUCUAAUGGAAUAACCAAUUGACUUCGAUUCUGAUGCUAGUGACCUUUGCAAUUUUUUACCUUUGUUAACCUGUAGGUUGAUAAAUAUCUUUCGUGGAAAUUUUUAUACAAAGGUGCCUCAUUUGUCUUAAAACCUGUCACUGAGAUAUUCAAUUUGUUAACAACUAACGAAAAAAACUGUAUUCGAUUUUGUCAUGAUGGAAAUCUAGGGCUUACAAGAUUGCGCCAAUGGUGGUUAUAAAAUUUUAAAACCUCAUUUGGACGUUUUGUGGCUUUCAAUGGUUGAAAAGGGAAUUUGAAUUUUUCCCCGGAAGACCUUUCUGAUCAAUUUGAUACAAUUGAAGAAAGUUUUCACAGUGGAAUCUCUUUCAGAUAGAGGCCAAUCGAUAAGACUCGUGGAUUAAUUAAUAAUUUUACCUUAAGUCCUGUCAUUUCGGUCUUGUCCUUCAGUGAUUGACAAGCAUACAAUGUUAUCAAAGGACGAAAACUAAGUCAGUUGCAGGCGUAAGCAGAAUGAUCACAUUGAUGAUUCUCACUUUCUAAUCUUUAUUAUAAAUAAACUCUCCUAACUAAAUACAUCGACAGCUACAAUUAUAGAUUUCAACUACAAUUUUUAAAAUAAAACGAUCUACUAAAUCUUUUUACAAUAAAAAUCAACGGUAAAACAGGACGUUUCGACCAAACUUCGGUCAUUUUCAAGCGAAUGGUAAGAAUAUAACAAUGAAUAUAUAUAUGUGCGUAAGAAAUGUAAAAUUUUUGGACGUGUAAACGGACACUAAGAACCCUACAAAAAGAAGAAAUAAUCAGAAGCUAAUUAAAAACAAAUAUAAAUUAAAACCCUAAUUAAAAAGACCUAAUUAAGUUUUUAAUUAGAUUCUAGUUUUAAUUAGAUUUUUAAUUAGGUUUUUUAAUUAUGUUUUUAACUUUUAUUUGUUUUUAAUUAGCUUCUAAUUAUUUCUUCUUUUUGUGGGGUUCUUAGUGUCCGUUUACACAUCCAAAAAUUUUACAUUUCUUACACGCAUGCAUAUAUAUAUAUUUAUCGUUACAUUCUUACCAUUCGCUUGAAAAUGACCGAAGUUUGGUCGAAACGUCCUGUUUUACCGUUGAUUUCUACUGUAAAAAGUUUUACCAAAUCACUAUUGAUCUAAUUAAUAGUUUCUAAAUCUUAGUUACAUUUAAGGGUGCGUUUCUUUAAAAAAAUCCAAAUCCGGAUUCUUGAAUCCAAAAACGGAUUUUGCGUUUCUUUAAUAAAAUCCGAAAAUGGAUUUUGAAUCUAUAGAAUCCACACUCCGAGUGGAUUCAUUAGAUCAAAUCUAAAUCCGGAUUUUUAGGAUUCAUGAUCCGUGCGUUUCUUUAUUGCACGGAUACAAAAAGCAGUACGUUUGGCAAGCGGUCGUCUUCUUAAAAUCCGCCACAUUCCCGCCAUUUUGUUGUAAAUAUUAGCUGCUGCCGGCCAUGGCGAAUAAACAAGGUGAGUUUUUUGUGUAGUUUCACCGAAAUUUUCCGUCCUGUACGUAUUUUUAUAAAUUUUCCGGAUGUUUGAUGCGUCUUGGCAUCUUUUAUUUCUAUCUACAGGACAAUAUUGGACGCACAGUUUAUCUGCAGGUGAAUAUCCAGAAUAUCAGUGGAACGAAAGCCACGUUCAACCGGGCAUUCAACCUUAUCUUCCUCAGUUCAUGUUUCCACCACCGCAGGCAUCACAGUUCAGCCAUGAAACAGUCAGAUCAGUAUCACCUCAGCCUGGUCCAAGUUUUUCUUCUUUGAAACAGCUGCAGCCACGUUCAGUCAGUCGCGUGAAGGCACCGAAGGCGAAUCGAGAGCUCUUGUACGCUGGUCUAGAGCUGAUGUGCUGUUGUUAAUUUCCUGCUAUGUCGAACGCAGAGAACGAUUUAAAGAUAUAAACAAAAAGAACAAGUCCCUGUGGGAAGAAAUCAGCGAAGAAUUAAAGAAGAACGGAGUGUUCUUUAAUGCCAAGGCGUGUGAGACGAAAUUGAAAAAUCUGAAGAGAAGUUAUGUUGCUUGUGUUGAUCACAACAAAGUCAGCGGAAAUGACCGAAAGAAAUGCAACUUCUAUGACGAACUUCACGAAAUAUUUUCGAAAGAUGAUGCCAUCGCUCCAAAAACAUUGUGCAGCAACAUUGAUGGUAAACGGAGCAAAGAUGCAGUCAAGAGUGUUAAAAAUUCCAGUUCCACAUUGAGUUCCACAGGUAGUGACACAGAGGAGCCUGUGGUUACAAAAAAAAAAGAAAAAGAAGUUACCAGAGCGGAAGAAAAGAGAAGACCUCGUUGGGCUCUUUAAGGAAUUUACACAAGACAGGAAAGAGGAAGAAAAGGAAAAGAUUAAAAAGUUUGAAAAUAUGCACAAUGAACGCAUGGCACUCAUCGGCCGAUUUUUGAAUGUUUUUGAAAAUCAUUGAACAAAGAGUAACCUUGAUUCCAUAAUUUUUAUUGUGUUGCAGAACAUGGGAUUAUUUGACCACAAACAUGAACAUAGAUACAGUAAACCUGAGUUUGUUGUCAGUAUUGAGUUAUCUAAAAGUUUAUUAUAUCAUACAUGUUAACAGUAUUAUUGCAAGUUGUAUGUUUUUUUUAUCACAUACAUACAAGGAACUACAACAGCAACAUUAGGUGAGAGGGCCUAACUAAACUGGUUUUGAUAUUAUUUAUAUCCUUUGCUUUUUUUAGCCUGAUUCUCAGAUGCUUCAGAUCACUUGUGUCACGCACUUCCUCCUUUCUGUGCGUGACACAAGCAACCUGGACUGUCAGAGUAUUAGGCUGUUACAUUUGUGUUGAAAGUUUACAUUUCAAGCAACACCAUAAAUGUUUCAGGUAGUAUAAAGUGAUCCAUGUACAUGGCUCUACUAUUUUCUUAUAUACUUUUAAAAACAAAUAAAAUAUUGAUAUUUAUAGCAAAAAGACUAUUAUACAGUAUAAACUUUAUGAAUGACAUACACCACCUAUGAAAGAAGUGUUCAUGAAAACACCACAGUACAAAAGGUAUCAAUACAUAAACCACUUAUAAAUGCUAGGUUUAUGGGAUCAGUCUCAUUAUCAUGUUUCUCUUAUCAACUGCUCCUACACCUGGUGGAAAGAUGUCAUCAUCAUUGUCAUCAUUGUCAUCAUCAUCAUUAGAGUCAUCUAAAAAAUCAUCGAUGUCAUCUUCAAUAAUGCAAAUGUUGUGUAAGAUGCAAGAGGAUACAAUAAUUUCCGGUAUGUCCUCAAUUUUGUUAACAUCCAUCAUUGUUUUUAGCUUCCUAAACCUGUUCUUAAAAAGCCCUAUGGACCUCUCAACCACCAUUCUGGUGGAACUGUGGGCAGUAUUGUAACGUCUUUGUUGAGCAGUCAAACGUCCGUUGUCUCGAAAUGGGGUCAACAGCCACCUCUUCAAGGGAUAUGCUGCGUCCCCCAAAAUGUGGGAGUUGCCAGGAAAAUAAUUGUCUGGGUUCACUUCAACUUCUCGGCAGAUCGGAGAAUUACGAAACACGCGAGCAUCGUGUACUGAACCAGGGUAACCACAGAAAACAUCGGUUAUGAAUAAAUCCGGGUCACAAAUGAAUUGUAGUUGGACGGAAAAGAAACCUUUGCGAUUUAUGUAUUGUUCAUGAUUGUUAUGUGGUGCUUUGAUUGGUAUGUGGGUGCCAUCAAUAGCCCCCAAAACACCCGGAAAACCCUUUUUCUCUUCAAAGGCCUCCAUCACCGCUUGGGCUUUUAGACCAGUUGGAAACUUGAUAAACUCAUCCAUUAAGUUCCUCACUAUUGCUUUGCAAACUCGUCUGUAGACUCUGUACGCAGUUGCCCUGCAAACAUCAAAUCGAUCGGCAACAGAGCGUAAACAUUCUGGAUUCCCAAGAAUCCACAGCGUAAUAAGGAUUUGCUUUCUUAACUCGACCGGUGGUCUUCCUCUAUCGCCGGUGUAUUGAGGUAAGUCGCCGUGGACCGAAAGCAAAUGUUCGAGAACUGUAAUUGUAUGCCGUGACAUGCGGAAGUGACUUCGGAAGUCCUCCGGUAUGUAACUAGGUACGGUUAUUUCGUAAAAAUUCUUUGUGCGAACGUGUUCUUUUCGGACGAGCUGUCCGGCCGCCAAAAGGAAUAAAACUGCUUCGUCAUCGGCUCCUAAAAGAACCUGUUGUUGUUCAAGGUCAUCGGCAAGGACUUCUUCGAACAGUUCAAACAUCAAACCAAAACUUUCCGCCAUUUUGAAAACUCCCCCCAAAACACGCGAACUGCAUGCUGGGGUCGUUACGGCUAAUUGAAAAAAAAAUCCAUUUUCGGAUUUUUCGUGUCUUUAAAAAUAACGAAUCCGCAUGAUCUCGGAUUAAGAAUCCAAUCUUGGAUUUUUUUAAAGAAACGCACCCUAAGAUAGUAAGGAAAUUUUUUUCGUUUAUCCUUGACAUUUACUACCAAAUAAAUUACCCCUAAAAUGAGAAGAACUACAUGAAAACGUUUUCUUUUCCUUUAGUCCUUUGUUUCUAAACUAGAGAGGCGUAUAUUGCCUGUUUAAUUUUUUUUUCAGUGAUUUGGAAAGUGGACAAAAAUUAUUUUCUCGCUAAAAGACAGAGCAGCGCUAUAGACUGGUCUUAAAAUUAAACAAAAUGUUCUUUCGACUUUUGAAUGUUAUUAGAUACUAGUUACGGUUAAAUGAAGAGCUUGCACUUUGAUGUUUUUUUCUGAUGACUAAUUCACGUUGAAGUACCAGCCUGUGAGAAGCAAAGGAUUUGUUUUGUCAAUUGCUAGCUUAUAAUAUGUUCCACUUGCUCAGCACAUCAGUCUCUGAUGAAACUUACAAUAAUAAUUUUGACAUUCUAGGUCCAUGGAGAAAUGAGUAUUUAACCCUGUUCUCUACUAAUUCAUAAUCCUUGUGGAAUUCGCUGUUUUCAAACUAAGUUUGCCUUUUAUCUCGCAAAGCGGAUAGAGAAGUGUUACGCGCGCAGCCAACCCGUUAAACAGGUUUUUACACAGUACACAAUAACCAACUGUCCAAAUAACUGCACAAUGUCGCAGGAUAUCUGUACUCUAUUCGCGCGUUAUUUGUACUCUUCUUUGUGCUGUUGGAUAAUAAUUAAGGCUUACUCGCAUGCUAUCUUUUGUCUGAUAUCAGUCAUCAAGGACAUUGAGUGUUAGGUGAAGAUAUAGCGGUUUUUCGGUAUAUAGAUUUAAUCUCUUGCGAUUAAAAUCCGUUUGUUUCUGAUAGCUGAAAAAAAAAACCUUGUAGUCUAAGACCUUGAGAAAGCAGUAUCAGGAUAACAAUAACAGCAGACGGGCACACAAACAUUCAAACAGAUAGACAGACAUUGAGAUAGUCAGAAAGUCAGUCAAAUAAACAUGGAGAAAAUCAGUUGGUCAGAAAGAUAGACAUUCAGAUAAAGAGAAAAUAAAUGACUGUCAGGUGGUCAGAAAGUCGGUCAGAUAGAGAGCUAAGCAGUCUGCCGCUAAGGCAGACAGACAAACAGUUACUCAGUAAAUAAAAGGUAAACGCAGGGUUUUCAAUGAAAGCCGGUUGUCCUCGGCCUACCCCCGCCUUAAUCAGACCUCUCACCGCUCUUGUGUUUGAGUUUCGCUCUACGCCCCCUUUUCCGGGCUCAGCCGCCUAUUCAAGCACCGUCGGCAGCCGCUUAUGGCAAAGGUUAUUGAAACCCAUGUGAGUGUCCAGCCUAAGAACACAAGACAGUAUUCCGGAAUAACGCUCUGACCAAGACCCUUUUAAUACGACCUCGAGGCCACCGCCUACAUCUGUACAAACACUUUAAUCAGUUUGAUUGCUUAGAUUGCCUAUAUCAUGAAAGAGUCUCUGAUGCAGUUAACAAAAUAGUCGUAUUUACUUACAGUUCGAUACAGGCAGGACCAGGUUUAAACUCGUCCUGUUCCGUGAAAGCAAAGCACCUUGUGCUCAUAAUAUCCUUUUUCGGUUUGUAAUGUUUAAAGUCAAGGAAUAUUGUGGAAAUAUCUUUAAGAAAGAUCUUUAAGAGCCGAUGCGAACUCGAGGUAAAAACAACCAAACAGCCUAAAGCACGGGAAAACGCGGGCCACUAAGUCGUGAUUGGUUUCAGUUUUGCAUCUGAUUGGUUGAGAAAGUGACUCGAGCUUUUUGAACCAAUCACAGAACGAAGUAGAGUUAAGCCAAUGCAAUCCCCGAAUACUUUCUACUCUCAAAUUAAAAUUUCUCUAAUGAUGAUGAUAAAAACUCUAAUUAUGAUAUGCGAUGCAACGAGCUCUUCCAAAAAAUAAACAUCCCUAUCUAAACACACGGACAUAUACAAUUAUAUAUUUCAACUAAAAUUUUUUUAAAAUAAAUCGAUCUACUAAAUAAUUUUUAAAUCGAAGUUACAUUUAAGAUAAUUAGGAAAUAAAGAAAGAUGAUUUUUCAACACCCAACACCACAUAAAUUGCCCCUAAAAUGUUAGCCUUUGAGAAGCAUAGGAUUCGUUUUGUCAAUUUCUAGCUUUUAAUUUGUUUUACUUGGUCUGCACAUCAGUUGAAUACUCACAAAGGUUCACAUUUUUAGACAAGAAACAGACAUAAUGCAGUCAUGAGAAAUACAAAUAGUCAUUUUGAAAGCUGUCUUUGAACAGAGAAAUUUGAUUUUAGGAAGAACUACAUCAAAACAUUUUCUUUUCCUCUAUCGGAAAGUCCUUUUUUCUUAAACUAAAUAGGCGUAUAUAACCGUUUUCAUUUUUUUUCCAAUGAUGUGAAAAGUGGACAAAAAUGCUUUUUAAAGACAGAGUAGCGCCAUAGGUUGGUCUUAAAAUUAAACGAAAUGUUCUGUCGACUUUUAAAUGUUACUAGUUACAGUCAAAUGAAGAGCUUGAGCUUUAUUUUUUUUAAUAACUAAUUCACGAUGAAGUACCAGCCUGUGAGAAGCAUAGGAUUCGUUUUGUCAAUUUGUAGCUUAUAAUAUGUUUCACUUGCUCUGCACGUCAGUUGAAUACUCACAAAGGUCUGCAUUUUCAGAUAAGAAACAGACAUAAUGCAUUCAUGAGAAAUACGAAUAGUCAUUUUAAAAGCUGUCUUUAAACAGAGAAAUUUCAUGUUUAUGAACCUCUAUGGAUGUGUGGAAUUUAAAUUUCCUUACCCUCACCCCUGCAGUUACAUUUGGUUCAAUUGAUGCUAUAAAAACGCGAUUCGCCUCUGUGAGACUCUCAUCGCGAGUGAUUCUGGGAAUUUGGGUUUUUCUUGGUGGAUCACUGAGGAGGAGGUGAAAGAUCUCAGUUAAGUCAAAGAAAAGAUUAGCUCAACAUGAUUAAACCAUCGCUCAUGCGUGAAUUUUCCCACAAGUUUCUCGUCUUUCCAUCCGUAAUUUUGCUUCAUUUACCUGCAGUGUAAUACCGUCGCAUGUUUUAAGUUUACCGUUGCCCUAAUGUGGUAAAAUGGCCUGAUAGAAUAAUGAUGCAAAAUGUAAAUGUAUAUCUACCUAAUAUCUAUCAAUCUCUCUCUCUCUCUCUCUCUCUCUCUCUCUCUCUAUCUCUCUCUCUCUCUCUCUAUUUAAACGGAGAGCGAUCCAAAAUGAAAAUCUUACAGAUUUUGUCAAGUGCCUUACGACUGAGAUACCUGAGCCAAUCGAAUUCUACUUCGUUUAAAGUAACGAGGUUCAUUUAUUAUAAAGUUAACAGUAAAAAUAUAGACAAUUUAAGUGAAAUUCUAUGCACACCAGCAUCCAUCGGCUCGAUCAGCCUGGGUUUGCUCAUUGAAAAUUGACCGGGUUAAAGGAAUUCAAUCUCAAAGUCAGGUUAAGGACGAGUAUCAGAAGAAAGCUUGUACUGAAAUAAAUUUGAACCCACGGUUAUACCUUCUUCUCACCUACAGUUGAAAAUGAACGUAUACAAUUCGUGAAUGCAACUGAAGAGCUCGAGUUAAACUCAUGUGACUCUUUCUAAAACUAAGGAAAAUAUAUUUCGUACGGUUCAGACAACAAAUUUAAAGGUUGUUAACUUCCUUCAAUAACUAUAACCUAUAUUGUGACUUGAAACGUCGCAUAAUAAUCGUGAUCGCCGAGGAAGAUCUCCAUGCUUGCAUGACUCUACAAUCUAAACGUCAUUAAAAGGUGUCUAUGUAGUAAAUUUUGUCAGAUCAUGAAACAUCCACGGUAUUGAUAAAAUCACGAUUAAGGAAGGAAACUUUCCAAUUUCGUUUGCGCUAUUGGAUGCUUGAACUGUACUUCAGUCACAGCGGCAUUCACUAAAUCUAUUAAUGUUUACUUAAAAUCACUGUCAGUUUGCUGCAGGUGAUUUGACCUAAAAUUAUCUUUGGCUUGUGACAAGCCAAAAAAGAAAUAAAACUCACGACAAGAAAAGAGAAAACAGGACAACAUGCAAUUUCAUGACUUUGAAACACUAGUCCAUAAAUCUUUUCAUGGGCAAUAAAAAAAAUCAUUUUUUUCGUCGCGAAGUCACGAAUAGCGCCCUCAGUGAGUUAGCGCUGUUAAAACGCUCGUUGAUACUUAUUUUUUUUCUCCAUGUUCUUACUGCUGUCACUGUCAUGGUUAUGUCACUGUCACUGAGCAGUAUACAAUCUUUAGGGGAAAUUGCAAGUGCCCACAAUUUUUAGAAAUUUUGGAAACAAGGCCAGACCCGGGAGUUACAGUCCCUACUAUUUGCGAGAAGUGGUAACCAGUGCAGAUAAGAUUUUAGUCUCUACUUUUUAGUGAAGUGCGCGGAACCAUAAAAAAAAUCGAAGUCCUUCUGAAGGACUCAUGAAAGACCUUUCGUCGAACAUACUUCUCUUAGGUUACGUUACAGGCGGCCCAAGCUCCAGCUGUGAGAUGAUCAUCUUGCAAAAUAAGAGUCAUAGCGAAAUUAUAAGAGUUUGUAUGGGAAUAUUUACGGCCGCUCUUAGGAAUAAAAAAAUUGAGUCAAAUUCUUAAUACAAAUAUCUCACCUUACUUCCAAAGUGCAUUUCUUGCUAUCUGACCGCUUACUAUGUUGAAAAGAACCCAUUUUAGCGAGUUAUUUAUUAUCUAGGUUUACUCAUAAAAGAAGCACAAGGCUGCACACUCCAUUACCGAAUGCCCGAUUCGAGAAGCGAAACUCCAACCUCAAGAUUAUUACGCGGCCAAAAGCAGUGUCCUUUCACUUUGAGAUCUUUCAUUAUCUCCUCAGCUUCUUUUUACAUCGGCCACUAUUAAUAUUGGAUGAGUUUGAGCAUGAAUUAUCUAAACCAAAGCAGAAGGCUGAGCCAAAUAACACAACCAUGAGGUUUGAUAAUUCAUAACAAAAUGCGAAAACCGAAUUCAUCACUAAUUGUUUUAUUAUAAACUUUUUAAACAAUCUGAAGAAGAGGACACUUCUGUUUGAGUUCGCAGAUAUUCGAGAACUCGAUCGAACAUGAUUAAUGCAGUAUGGGUUAUUAUGUCAACUUCACGCGCUAUUGUAAAUAGUUGAGCGAAUGCUCACGACCAAUCAAUUUUCCAUUAUAAGUCUAAAGUAUAAUAAUAUCUAUUAAAAGCCUCAUCUUAAGCCGAAAAUGUUCUGUCAAUUGGGAGCAUAAUUAUGGUCGGUAUCAUUUACGUAUUCUAGAACUUUUAUGUCUCAGUGACGGAGCUCUUCAAAUGACAUAUUUCUUCAGGAAUUUCUAAAUAAAACCGGUGACUUUCUCAUCAAACAAUUUCGCUUGAAUCCUAAACUUUAAUUUUCAUCGUAGAUUAAACCCGUUUCCUCCAUACAGGAACUUAUUGUGAGACACCUGUUUUGCUCCAGAUUAUUAAAGCCAUUAAAAACUUCAAAUUCCGCUGAAAAGGUUAUUUUUAACCCGGAUUGAUUGCUUCCAGAAAUAUUUACCCAAGCAUACGCAAAUAAAUCCAGCGACUUUUCCUUUGCAAGAGUUAGUUGACACCCCUACCCCUUUCGUGGUAUACUGCUCUAUACUGUCAUUUACAUCUGCGUAAAUUAUGGAAAAAACACACACAAAAAAAACACAAUCUUGGGUAAUUUGAAGGCGUUGAUACAAAGGCCAAGGUCUUAGUGUUUCAAGAUAAUUUUCAACAAGCAAAACAAAUAAAAUUUGAAACUGUCACCUUAAAGUUUAGAUAAUAGAAAAAGGUUUACUCAGCUGUUUGAAAAUUUUCUUCAUUCGAACCUCAAUAUCAAAAAUUUACUUUUCUCGGCCGUUGAGUUUGUUGAGAUCCUUUCAGAAUUCAUUUUCGCAAUAAGUUAACGUUAUAUUUAGCAAUUUUUUUUGGGGUCAUUUCAAAAAAGGUCGAGCAUUUGAAAUCACUACUCCCAGAUAAUACAUCAAUUUUUACGCACGGUUGGGGGCUCUCUAUGCAGUAAGAGAACAACUCUGGAAAAAUCUAAUUAGUUUUUCCAUUAAGAAGAGUGAUUGAAAAGCUUGGCAAGUUAAUUUAAACUGCAGAGCGAAGAGGCGCCCAACAGACAACGGAGGUAAGAAAAUCUAAAAGAACUCAAUCGUUAAAGCUCUUGUACUUGAAAAACCGAAUAUCAUUCUUAUUUAGUAACAAAGGAACAACUGUCAGUUUAUUGACAAAUAAACUAAACGAAACAAAUCACGGAAGAUAUAAAAUUUUCCUUAAAGUUUUCAGAAGUGGAGGCGUGAAAUAGAUUUAGUUUUGCGCGCUCAUCGAAAGCAUUCCUCCCGGAAUUUUUCUCUUUCUAAUCGGAUAUGGAUACUUCUCAUAAGCUCCCUUUUUUUCGUUUCAGAAAAUUUGGCCUAAACAUUUUUUCCGGUCCCUAUUUUCCAAACAGGUGGUUUGGGCGUAAAAGGACAGAGAGUAACAGUAAAUUUGUACAAGACGUCAUUCUAUCGGUAAGAAUAUGUUUUCCUUGUGUCCUUCCUGUCAAAUAGAUGUUUAGCAACCAAAAAAUGUCAGCUAUAAAACUUUCUGUUCAUGAAAUAGUUCGAGACGAAGAUUGGUUUCGUUGAUCCAACCAAACAAAUAAGGAUAUAAGCGUAAUCAAAAUAGUGAAACCUGCGAUUUCGCAUUCUCUAACGUAGUCGGCCCAAACGGUAAAAUGUACUCGCAUUGUGAAACUUACUGUAAAACACCUCGAGUUUCUCCAUGCACCAUGAAUAAUUGAUCGAAAGUUGCUAGAAAUACUCGACGAGAGGAUUAGAUGUUUUCGAAAGGGAAUCAUUUUUGAAGUGGAACAUAUCCUCAGAUAGGUACGAAUUCUUGGAGGAAGCAGCGUUUUCGACAAGAAGCUACCUUACAGUGUACAUUAUUUGCCAUGUGGCGUCUGCGCAACGGCUUUAUAUGACAUUGCAAUCAUUCGUCAACUCAGACAUCCGUUGGAGAGGCUUGGACGGUCCACAAUUAAACCUGCCCUCGCAAAGGGUCACGUGUGCUUUGAUGAAAGGAAUUCCGGACCUGAGAAGUGAUAACCAUGUUGGGAAAAAAAUGUGAUACCAGUAUUACAGCAUGGAAUAAGAGGAGAACAAGCGGGGCAGCCAGUAGUAAUACUUACGGCCCUUGCCUGAACGUGCAUCAUGUGCUGAAUUUGGAAGAAUCGUCAAACACGCAAGCAGGAGACUUGUGACGAACAGAAUCCUUUUAAACAGGGUGUAACGUAUUUUGCCUUAAAAUGUGGCGGAAAGGAACUCUAUCCAAAUCGAGAACAAAUAAAAAAUUCACUUCACAAUAUUUCAGUGGUCACCUCUGCCUCACCCACUGAAUGAUCGCAAAAUAAAACGUCGUGAAGUCGCAAAUCAAAUGCAUUUAUGAAAUAUGGCUUUUUGAUAAGACAGAUGUAAUACAGAGCAAAGAAAGAAAUUACAAAUGGAAUUAUAUUUUUUAUCUCCAAAUUUUAGCUGGGCUGCGUUAGUGUGCAGCUCUAUGAAAAUACACCAGCUAUGCUUGUAAACCGAGGAAUGUUCGGACACCAUAGUGGAUGUAAAACUCUGGAGUCCCGUGCUUUUUUUUUCUUUCGCUAAGAAAAAAAAAAUGAAUUGUAAGGUAGCUAGGUAAUAAUUGGAUGUAAAUUAUCAUUUUUCGUUGCUAAAUUAAAACUGGCCUUCACGAAUUACUAAUUAGAGAGCAAUAUGACGCCCUUCUAAAUAGCAUUAGAGUGCUUUAGUCAACUUUUGAAACAUUGAAAAGGUUUUCACUAUAUUAUGGUUUGAGAGCUCAUACUCGUAUUAGAAAAAAACCAUACAAACAAAAGAGGUAAAAAAUCGGCGCACGAAUUAAAGAUGAUUAUUUUAAAAUUAAUACAAAUAUUGAUAUUCUAUACGAUAGGUGAUAAAAUCGAUUUAUCGUUAAAUGAAUUUCUCUUUUAUUUUGUUUUACCCUUUCUCAGAAACUAUGGUUGCGGCGGAACCUGUGCUCCUCAUGGCACUGUUUUUGGCAAUUUAUUUAAAAGCAUUGAAUGGAAAUUCCGGUGCCUUAGCUACACAAGGUAGGAAAUGACUUUGUUGUUGCUACUUUAACGAAGGGUUUCUUUGGGCCAAAUCAGACGGGUUCAUUGCUUUAAUGUGAUCAGUUAUUUCGUUUGUGGGGAACGGAAAACUAACUUAAAUUUUCCUUGAUGUAACAUGUUGCUUUGCAACUCGUAACACCAAACUGGUAUAUAAAAAGUAUUAAUUAACAUAGUAAUCAAUCAAAUCUAUCAUAGCUUUUUAGUCAAUGUGAUUUUUCUUGAACAUUUCAACAUUGUUUAUGUAAUCAGCACGCUAUGAUUUUACCAUGGUCAUCAUCAUUACCAUCAUGAUCAUGAUCAUGAUCAUUUUCUUUUUAUCAUUUUUACCAAAAAAGUACAUGCUGUAAUAAUGAUUAUAAUAUUAAUGGGAACAAUAAUAAAUAAUAAUAAUAACAAUAACUAUAACGGAAAGAAAAAUCUUUAUUUCAAGGGCUAAAAUCUAUUUAUAAUGGAAUCUAUAAUUCUAUAUUUUUUAUAUAUGUCGAUAACAAUAAAAUUUUAAUAUAUAAAUACAUUGCUAAUAUGUUUGCUAAGGAAAAAAAAAAGAUUUGUUAAAAAAGCUGUUGACUUUGAUUGAAAUAAGUAAGAUUUAUCUAGGCUAAAAUACAUCAAUAAUGAAUAAAAGGCAGAUAUUGAGAAAUGUAAAAAUUGGCGAUAAAAAUACCGAAGAGAUGGCUCCUUCAAUAACGUUAAUACCAAUGUGAUUGUCCUUCGUGUCACGCUGAACUUUGAUAAUGUUUCUGGAGCCUCUUCAACAGACGAGAGCAGAUCGAAAAAGUGCAAACGAAACUUGGUCUCUUACCCAGGAGGUGGCUGUGGAAUAUUGCUCUUCUUUCUUUGAGGCAAUGCUCUCUGCCAAUCUACAGUGAAACCCAGGGCAUUAUUUCCCCACCCCACCCGUUGUCGUCAAAAAACCAGCGGGGUAAAUGUUCCCCGUUCCCCAUCAAGUAUUCUUCCAGAACACUGGCGCUUUUUCUCGUUCUCAUGUAUCCGAUAGACCUGUUGGGGUUCCAUGUUCCGGUACGAGUCGGCAUUAGGGUGACAAACCCUCACAUCAAAUAAUAAUAACGAUUAUAAUACUAUUACUAAUAAUAGUAGUAUUAUUACAAUUUUUACAUUUCUAAAUAUUAGCCUUUAAUUAUUUAUUGCUAUAUUUUAGCCUAGAUAAAUCUUACCUUUUUCAAUCAAAGUCCACAGACUUUUAAAUAUAUUUAACGUUUUUUUUCCUAAGAAAACAUAUUAGUAACGUAUAUAUAUUUAAAAUUCUAUUGUUAUCGACAUAUGUAAAAAAUAUAGAAUUAUGGAUUCCAUUGUAAAUAGAUUUAAGCACUUGAAAUAAGAAUAUUUCUUUGCAUUAUUAAAAAAAAAUACAGACAAUUAUAAUGAUGCAUUGAUACUACUAUUUCUUCAGAAUGUGGCGUUUUGGUAAACAGCACAUUGAAAAGUCCGGGAUAUCCAUUUACCUAUCCAGCAGACAUGGAUUGUGAAUACUCUGUUCUUAUUCCACCCGGAGGGCCAAUGGAAAUAUAUUUCGUUGACUUUGAUGUGGAGUUUCACCCAUCAUGCAGGCAAGAUAGUCCUCUCUGCCACGAAUUAAACAUUUUUCAUUGUAGGCAGCCGGUCCAAGAGUUCUGUGUCCGCUAUUAUGUUUUCGUGCUAGUUUUGCAAAAUGAGCUUGAUAAAAAAUUCAAGUAAAGGUAGAUGAUGUAGCUGAAGCAAACUUUACAGCACUCAUCCAAAAAAUACAAGGAAAACUUACUUCAAACCUUCGUAUCACUAGACAAGAAAAUCGUCAGUAAUCUCUGUUGCUUUCCUCUAUAUUAGAAACAAGAAGCUUCAUCCUUAGCUGUGCCUCGUGGUUUCAAAUUAGCUUAAGGACUUUUAACGUCGUUUCAGCUAUCAGUGGAGCUUUAAAAUUGCACCUUAUUCUUUCAGUUUAUCUUUGCUGAAGAGUAAUUAUAGUUGAGUAAACUCAAUCAAGGAUAAUAUGUGUUUCUGUGAAGAAAAUCUUCGAUUAAUAUUUUCUUCAUUAUAGUUAUGACUUUGUGAAGAUUGCUAAUGAUCAGAACUAUACCUUUGGUGAAUACUGUGGUCGGAGGACUGGACAGACAGUUGCAGUUUAUGGAAACUUCGUCUUUAUAACAUUCCAUUCAGACCCCUAUGUCGAAAAAAGAGGAUUCUUCUUUCACUUCAAAACGGUUCCCCCUGGUUUGUAUAGUUAUUAGGAUGGAAAUCUCUCAAAAUGUUUAAUGAAGUGGUGACAGUGUGAUGUUAUCUAAAUAGAGAGAAACAAAAUAACCAUGUAACUGGAAUGGUUUUUUUUAUCAGCGGCAUUAAUGAACCUCUCACGGGUAAUGGCAACUAUUUCCUAUGGGUAUUCACAUGAUUUUGAGAGCAAUUUAGAAAGAAAUCAGCAUGAGUAAUUUUUUCAAAAGCUAACCAAAUUGCACGAGCCCUUGGGGAGAGUUCAGUCCGUGGUCUAUGAAAACUUUACGAGUUCAAGACGUCGUUACUUCCCCCCUAACCUGUACGCUAUUUUGUUUUUAUGUGCUUCCGCAACUUUCCUACCAAUCAAUUUUAUUUCAACUUUAUUGGAUAAAUUGACGUGUCUUUAAUCAAUAAACAACCUGAAUUUCUUUCCAUGAAUGUUAUCAUAAAACAAAUCCGGAGAAAUGUCGUGUAUUACCAACUAAGUCUAACUACUAACUAUUUUGCAUUUAAUUUUUUUAUGUAACUUUUCUUUAGCCCCACCCAAAAUAUCCUUGCCAGCGGUUGUGGAAUCUCUCCCAGGUUACAGAGUGAAAAUUCCAGUGACUGGAACUCCCCCGAUAUACACAGCAAUAAUAAGAAACUCUACCGUGUUGGUAAACACUACCUAUAUCGCAGGCUUUCAGUUCUAUAAUGAGUCAAAUUGCACCUCUGUUGCCUUUAAUACCUAUGGAUAUGAUACGAGAGAGUUCUCUGUGAUUCUUAAAGGUAGGGAAAUUUCAUAA